AGAGGAGAGGGCACGUUAAAGUAAACCGCCGACCCGUCAGCUCGCGCCUUUGCACACGGCCCGCAACCGGACGCUUUUCCCGCCUUUUCUUUUCCUUUGUACUGUAUACUCCUACAGCCGUUUGAGACGUUAAGGUAUACACACACACAUAUACAUAGAAGGUACAUACACACACAUAUACAUAUAUGUAUAUGUCCUUCCACUUCGUUUUCUCAACCUAUAGCACUCUCGCUCGUACAGGCUCGCUUACCCUCAGUCUUAGCUCCCACAUUCGCGUCAGUUGGUGCGUCUGAAGGAGAGGGUAACACCUCUUAGAUCUGCGCGCCUGACUCGCAGUUUCAGGCAGCAAAACGUGAUGCAGUCAGCGCUGCUGUCGUUUUUACAAAACGCAAAAAACAAGGGGGGGCGCCUGCACUAUUUGUGUGCAAGCGUGAAUGCUGGUAAUAGGGUGGUAGGAAGAAUUGUCAAAUGUAUCUAAUAUUAGCCACUAGUUUACACAUGUGAAAUGCAAGAAAGUGUCUCGUGUGGGAAAGCGCUGCUUCAUAUGACCCUCAACUGUGUUACUGUAUCUGAUUUUUUUUUUUUUUUGCAUUUCUUGCAACAGUAUUUGGAAUAUAAAACUUUAAAGUUGAGUCUGAUUUCAUCAGCAAGAUUCACAAGUCACAUAUAAUUGCUGUAGAAGUAUCUCAUGGUUUAUCACUGUCCAUGUAUAUGUUGCUUCACAAACUAGAUAACGUUAGGGAGACAAAAGAAGGGAGUGAUGGAGACUGGUAAACUGAAAAUAUGGUAUGGUGUUCUUUAAGAGACAUCUAGGCUGCAACAUUAUGUGGGGACCAAGAGGUUAUAUGCAAAAGGUUUGAUGGAAAAGAUGAAUGGAAAUUGAGGGAAAAGAUGGCUUUCACAGAGGUUUGAAGCACUUCCACCAUAAAAGUUCAAAAGUUUCAGACUCACUAUUUUCUGGUAGGAUUCAAUACCUACUUCCAAAUUCACAUCACACAAUUAGCGUUGAUUGGGAGGUCUUGCACAGCAAACCUACUUCCCACAAAUAUUUGGUUUUUUGUGCUAAGGAAAAUGUACUGAAAAGUGUGGGAUAACACUUGAUUUGACAAUGUUCUAACCUGGUGGCACAAAAUUAGGAUGAAUGCUCAACAAAUAGGUUGUUUGGAAGCAGCCAUAUUUUUAAAUUGUCAACUGUUUGGUUCAGAUAGAGGUACUAUGGCAAAAUAUGAUUAUGCCCAACUGUUUUCAUAUUUCUGUUCAUCAUUCACAAGGAAUGCAUUUUAAAUUCUCAUAUACAGUGUAAUAGUGCUGGAUUGUUUGUUGCACAGAGUUGUACGUUGAAUUCAGUAGAUCUACAAUAUUCUAAUAGAGAAUGAUGAACACUAUCAAUUGAUACAACUUGUCACAAUAAAAAGUUUAUAAGUAUUACAAAAGGCUUGUUUUCCAAACACAAAGUAUAUAAUUUUAAAAAAGUAAAUAUAGCUAUGUUGCCCUACAAGAAAAUUUCCAAAAUCCAUAUUAGGGAAACACCUUGAUUAGCCCAAUCAAAAUAUCACAAAAUAGGGUGCAUUACAAGCUUUUGAGUUCCCCAGAACUAUUAAUCAUUUACACAUUAAAACAAUCGAUGGCAUUUUAAACUGUAUUGGUUUUGUUUGUUAUUACAGUAUGCAUUUUUAUAUUGUAAACUACCCUGUGAUAGUUUUGGAUCAGGGGUACCAAUUUUAUUGGGGUGGGAGGAGGCAAGCCCCACGCUGCAUAAUCAGUCACAUGAUGAGGUGCAAUCAUACCUUUUGAAUGGCAAUGCUGUUCAAUUGGGGGGGAGCUCAAAUUUUUUUUGGGGGGUGGGCAAAGUUGUAUUGGCCCCUAGGAGUUGGCUCCUAUGCUUCAGAUGGUGGUAUAGAAAAUUUAUAAAUAAUUACAAUUAUAAAUAAACCAAUUAUAAAUAAAGCGGAGUGGGUGGGAGAAAAAAAGUUGGCUAUGGAAGUGAUUGAGUCUGCAUCUCAUCAGUCUUCAGAUGGAAUGUAGGAGGAGUUAGGAAACAUUAAAAGGAGGCUCCUUAAGCACUAUGCAGCUUUCAGGUUGCACCAAGGGCUGCAGGAAAGAAGGAACAAAGAAUAAAGACUUCAGGAGAAUUUGAAAGCUUAUACACUGUUUUGUGAUAUUUUGGUUGUUGUUGGCCUAAUAAUGCACAAAUGACAACGUUGCAAUUAUUUUUAUGUUAUUUUCUGUUUAACUUGGGAAAUCCAAUAAAUCAAUAAUUCUCCAUUUUCUUUCUUUUUUUUAAAUGAUAUUUAUUGAGAAUUUUAAAGUUACAAAGAAAAACGAAAGAGAAAAAAAGAAAAGGAGAAAAAGAGAGAAAGAAGUAGAUAAACAUAACAAUUAAACAAUACAAAUCAAUAAAAACCAAAGUCAAAAAAAUAACAAAACACACAAUACAUCUAAAUCAAAAACCAAAAUAAACAAAAAAUUAAAAAACAAGUCUAAUAUUCCCAAAUCCUUAACUUUCAUUAACUUAUUUCAACGACCUCCUCACACCUCCCUUUUUUGUAUUCUAGUUGUUAAUUAUCUCAGCAAAUCCUUUCCAUCUUUCACAAUAUUCUGUCAUUAAAUUACCUUGAUCUAUUUUAACCUUAUCUUACCCUAAAAAACCCUAAAACUUAAAACUUAAAUCUUAUAUAUACCAAAUUCUUUUAACCAUAACAUAUCUUACUUAAUUCUUUUUGACAUUUCUGCUAAAGCCAAAUAAUUUCAUUCCAACAUUUUUCUAAUACUCAUUAAUUUUACGAUACUUUUCUAAAUAAAUUUUUAAAACUUUCUUCCAAUCUUCAUCCAUCGUCUCUUCUUCCUGGUCUCAGGUUUUGUCAGUCCUUUCUCGUCCAUCUAAUCCAUCAACCUGGUGCUCUUAUGUCCGAGGCUCUUAAGUCUUUUCCAUGUCCCUUCUGCAGGUCUUCUUCUUGUUUAUACCUGCCCUUUACUUUGUCUUUUGUUGAUUUUUUUCUUAUUUUCUUUCCUUUCUCAUUGGGGGGUAGGUCUCAGGAGGGCUCCAAUCCAAAAAUAUCUCCAUCUCUCCUCAGCAGAUCAGCCCAUUCCCCACAGUCCCAUUCCCCACAGUCAACACUGUAAUCCAGAAAGUAUUUAAAAGCAUGUUUCAAAGUCUUUCCAAAAUUAAGAGCCCUCACAACUCCAGACCCCCCCGGUCCACUCCAGAUUCAAACUUCAAGAACAGCGGCUUAUACUCCUGCAAGGCCUCGGAUCUCUCCAUUUGUGUUAUUUGAGGUUCAACAGCAACCUCCUCCAUUUUCUUCUGCACUUGCGCUUGCCCUAUCAAAACAGAUUCCUGGGCUGGUUCCUGGAUGGUUUCUAUAUGGGUAUUCGCCGUUUGUCCAAAGUUUUUAACUGCAACAGUCAUCAAAUCCAUCUUCUCAUGCAUCUGCUCCAGCAAAGCACUUGUCUUGCAAAAAGCAAGCACCAAGACUUCUUGUAAAUACAUUUUUUCCCCCCAAGGUUAGAGUCUGGUCUCACGAUCCUACUCAUACAGCUGUGAGGUCCCCAGAUCAGCUCCGGCAAGAAAUUAACAAGCUCCCUCUAGAGGAGACAAUUUCUAUUUGUAUCCAUCUUUUGAAAGCAGGACCAACAAAGAAAAAUUACUUUCACUUUUCAAAUACUUUGUUUCUUUUGAUUGCAAGAAGCAAUAUUGGAGUCAAUUUUUUUUUUAAACUCUCUGUCAAAAGACGUUCCAUUCACAGUCGAUGAACUUCCCCAUAAAUUUCUGUCUCUGACACCCCGUUCCCAGGUUUGAGACGGUGGAAAAUUUAUCUUUCUUUACUCUCUCUCCUGCAGGCUUAAGCAGUCAAAAAUCCCCCUCUUUUCUCCUGCUUCCAAGAGGGGUUUUGAUGGUGAUGAAUGAAGGAAAUUUAGAACUUUAUAUACGACUUUCCAGACUUUAGCUUACAAAGUUUUUGCUUCAAUCUAUUUACAAAAAAACGGGAGGCGGACUUCCUGUUUAGAACCUUCCCGUUUCGGUGCCAAAUUAAAAUAUUUCUUAAUCCAAUUUUCCGUUCUACUCACGGGUACUUGUUUAGAGUCCAAUUGUCCACAGGAAAAGGUCAGCGCUCUCCGGCAACGGCUGUGCGGCUUCACUCCGUAAAAGUAGCGGUUGAUUCAAAACACUGCGCCACUCACCCCACGUCGCUUCGGAUCCCCGAAAAAGGGUUUCCCUGCGAGUAGGGGAGGCGCUCCUGGUGUCAGCCGAAUCCCACGUUCCCAGGCUUCCUCUGCCUGGGAUUUUUAAAGGGUCUCCGCCUUCGCCGCGGCGGCAAGACCCGAUUUUCACGGAGCGGGUUCCUCUCGGUCAGAGGAACUCCGCCUUUGCCGAUGGCGCUGUCCCGGAAGUCCAUUCAAUAAUUCUCCAUUUUCAAUAUUGCAAUACUAGUCUACUUGACAGGGCUACUGUAAGAAUUAAUAGCAUGAUAAAUUAUAUUGUUCUGCAGAACAUAGAAAGGGAUUGAAAAUAAUGCAACAUAUUGAGUACAUUUUAUCAUGAAUUUAGUAUUGCUAGUGUUAUUUUGAGAGUUUAAUUCUUGUGUCUUUUAGACAGAAAAUGGAACAGGAGAAAUCUUUUAAAUUGUUUGUACCACCAAUACUGAAUAAUACCCUAGUAUCUGCAGUCAAACCACAGACAAGCAAACGAGAUGGACGAUGUUUUCAGGUAAAUAAAAACUGUUACUUUAAAAUAUGUAUAGCAAGUUUACAAAAGCUGACCAGUGUUUUAAAAAUUAAAGAUUACCUGUAUUUCCAUUUAUCCACACUUAAACAUUGAUAACUCAAAAUGCAACAUUCCAAAGUUUUGAAAUUUGAAACUACAAAACUAAAGGAAAAUGCCAUUCAUAUGAAAAUUAAAAGUAGACACUCAACUCAUUCUAGACAAUGUUGGGCUACAUGGACAAAUAAUCUGACACUAUUAUAAUACGGCUUCCUGUGUUUAUUUGUGUUUAUGUGUUUAUGAUCCUAUAUCCUAGUAUGUUCCACUUGCACUUAUGGUUUGCCCCAGAGUGACUGGGGCAAGCCAGUCAGAUGGGCGGGGUACAAAUAAUAAAAUUAUUAUUGUUAUUUUAAAUUCCUAGUUCCCCGUAUGUUCUACUUCCUCAUUAAAACAUCUGAGUUGAUCUUUGCCCACGUCUACAUAACCUACUCGUAGCCUUUUGGAGUGGAGUGCUUGAAGUUAUGAAAUUGCCCAGUAUGCAAGACCGUAAUACCCCUAAAUUAGAAUUAGUUUUAAUGACAGCUUAACCUGAUUUCAUAACUUGGCAGUAAGUCCUAUUGAUUUUAGCAUAUUGCAUUUUCAAGUAAUCUGUUUAUGACUGGGGAUGAGCAUGUCCAUUAAAAGGUAUUAUUAUUUCUAUAAUGUUUUAUUUUUCCAGGAUUUUAGCAAGGGAACUGAAGAUGAUUAUAACUUGCCUUUUGGGAUGAAAAGUAUGUCAAAACAUAUAGAAGUCAUAGGUAAGAUUAAAACAUAAAAAUAAUAUUAAAGAAGAUGGAAUGGUAGACCUUGAAAAGUGAAGUAACCAUAAGAACUAGAGCCAGUUUGUGCUGGAGUCAUCUCUGAGAACUUCUGCAGUAUUUAAAGUUGUGUUGUUUGUAUUAAACUGUACUUUGUCAUUUGCUUUCUAUUAUUUUUUGGUAAAUCAGAAUCCAAUAUUGUAAUGGUUCUAGGGGUUGCUCGUGCGUAAGCUUGUCCCAGCCUCUGGCUGGGUUGCCUGAGUGAACCUUUCCUGUCCGGGCAGCCACUCGCCCGUGACUGUCUCAAUCGCUGGCAGAAUCCGUCAGUGGGCGUUUCUUAAACUUCUUCCAGCAAAGAAGCUCUUUGACGCCAAGUCUCCUCCUACUCUCCCUGCACGGAAGCCUUCUGCGCAAGGAGGGCGUAGGCAGCGGAGGACCCUUCCUCUCCCUGCUGGUCCCCGGCAAGGAGUCAUGGGACCGCCUCGCCGAUUCCCCCAUCUGCCCCCCUUCACCACUGGAGCUAUGUUGAUUCUCCUUCCCAUAAGACGGGCUGCCUCUCCCACUCCCGGCACGCUCGCUGGGAUCCCUUUGGAGCUUGCUCUCUCCCUCGGACACUGAUGGCAGUUCCCUGACAAAUAUAUUCUGUAUUCCAUUUGUAGCCUAUGAUGUUUGUAUGGACAUACACUUAUUAAUAAGACUAACACAUAGCAAUUUAGGAAUUAAUACUGUUAUUCAGUUGUAUUGUUAUUAUAAUGUUUGUAACUUAUAAUUAUGCAUAUUUAUUGUUAAAUAAUCAGACAUUAAAUAUUGUAUUUCCAGAACCUGUAAAACCUGUGCCUGAGCUAGAAAUGGAGGUGAGUUAAAUAUACUGUUGCACGCCACCCAUAUCUCUGAGUGGUGCAAGAUUCCAUGGGUUCCAGGUGCUCACCCAGGGUCAGAGUUUCCAUUUUGAAAUGAGACACAGCAGAGACUGUGGUGUCUUUAGGAUAUAUGGUUUAUUUACACAUAUAUACAACCUAAGCCUAUGAUGGAGGGGUUCAUAGCAUCAACACCCUAAGAGGCUCUUGUUUCUCCCAUAGCUGCAGCCUUGGAUUCAAACAGAAAUCAAACAUUGUGUUCUGACCCUCUCUACAACUUGUUGCCUUUACCAGCCUGCAACAUUAUUUCCUCUAGGUUACAUCAUAGCCAACUCUCAACUGUGGCCUUUUGUCUUAUAGCUGACUCUGAGUUGAGGGAGGGCCCCACCCAUUUGCUUUCUGGCACAGAGCCCCCUCUGCUUAGCUUUUAAAAUGACCCAUUACCUUUCCUUUGUUCUCUUAAUGGCCCAUCUCUCAGGCGAUCUCCUGACCACCAAAAGCUGGGCCCAGGGAUUUAAAAUCUGGCAUUCAGUUUAACCCCCCAAGACUUGAUUAAAUUCUAACACCUUCCUUUAGGGGAGCCUGGCACACUCAAACUCAUAACACUACAUUUUGUGUAAAGGGAAAGGGACCCCUGACCAUUAGGUCCAGUCAUGACCGACUCUGGGGUUGCGGCGCUCAUCUCGCUUUAUUGGCUGAGGGAGCUGACGUACAGCUUCUGGGUCAUGUGGCCAGCAUGACUAAGCCGCUUCUGGAGAACCAGAGCAGCGCACGGAAAUGCCAUUUACCUUCCCGCCGGAGUGGUACCUAUUUAUCUACUUGCACUUUGAAAUGCUUUCGAACUGCUAGGUUGGCAGGAGCAGGGACUGAGCAACAGGAGCUCACCCCGUCGCAAGGAUUCGAACCGCCGACAGACACCAAAAAGUGUACAGUGAAGGACUUCCGGGGGAGGCGCCUCCAGAAAUGGCAGAAUUCCUCUGACCGGGAGGAAUCUGCUCCGUGGAAAUCUGGGUCUGGCUGCCACGGCGAAGGCGGAGACCCGUUAAAAUCACAGGCGGAAGAAGCCUGUGAACGUGGGAUUCGGCGGGCACCUUUUCUGCCUCCCCCACUCGCGGGGAGCCCCGGUUUUUGGGGGUCCGGAGCGACGUGGGGUGAGCGGCGCGGUGCAUCGAAUUGUCUGCUUCUUCCAUGGAGCGAAGCUGCAUAGCUGUUGCCAGAGAGCGCUGACCUUUUCCUGUGGACAAUUUGACUUUAAAGGAAUUACCCGUUAGUAGAGCUAAAACGGAAGAAUUGGAUCUCUAAAAGUUUAAUUUGGUAUCGUAAUGGGGAGGUUCAAAACAGGAAGUCCGCCUUCCCUUUUUGUAAAUAGACUGAGGCAAUGAAGUUGCAAGCUGGAGUCCUGGAAGGUCUUUUGUAAAAGAUCAAAUUUCCAACGGUAAAGAACAUUAAACCCCCUCUUGGAGGCAGGAGAAGAGAGGGGGAAGUUGCGGAUUGAGUAUGCCUGCGGGAGAGAGCGAAGAGGCUUAAAACACCGCCGCUCUGACCCUGGAAACGGGCUGCUAGUAAGACUGACUUUUUUUUUUUUAAUGUUCAUUGACAGCGUUUAGAACAUUCAUUGACAGCUAGUUAAAUAAGAGAAAUACAUUGUUUCUACUGUUUCCGGUUGUUUUUAAAAAAGGAGGAAAGUAACUGAAAAUUGAAACUAACUUCGGAUUAUUGAAACUGUGUUUAAAAGAGGACAUAUUGACCAAUACAAAUACAAUCUGUUUUCCCCUAGUGGAAGCUUUUGAAAUCGGUUACUUUAUAGGAGCUGGGCUAGGGGAAUUUCCAGCUGCAAGAUAAAAAAAGUGUGAGACUUUGGAAUUGACCUUGAAUCUCUUAAGUGUUAUGGCAAAUGGAAAGGAAACAACAGACGGGAUGUCGACAGAGGAGGCCUUAGUGGCUGCAUUAUUGAAAAUAAACGAUUCGCUGGAACAACUCCAUAAGAAAACAGAUGCGAUAAAUGUGAAAUUGGAUGUUGCAAAUAUUGAAACUGAUUUAAUUGUAGAAAGUUUAAAUAACUUGGGACAAAAGGUGAAUACCAAUUCAGAAACCACCCAGAAACUGAUACAGGAAUCUACUCUGAAACGGCAAACUGCAGAUGAAGUCAGGGAAAAAACCCUUGCUGCUGAAUCUAAAGUAAUACAACUGGAGAGGAGAGUCCCAUCCAUACAAAGACAACUUGAUGAACAUAAGCUGACAUUCGUUAUGAUUGAACUUAAAGAAGAACGGAUGAAUUUGAGGACCAGAGCCCUAUCUGAAUUGGAAAAGGAAAGCCUGACAGAGUUUCAGGAGGCGACAGGACUAACAUUGGUUGAGAAAGAGAGGUAUUUGGGGGUUAGCAUGACCGCCAAAAAUGUGAAUCUGCUUAAGGACAACUGUGAAGGAUGUUGGAUUGAAGAGAAGGGGGAUUUGGAAAUAUGGACAAAUCAGAAGUUGUUACUGUUGGGCCGAGUUAUUGUGGUGGGGAUGAGGGCUGCUGUGUUGCUGGGGAUGUUGCUUUUGUUUCAAACAUUGCAAGCUCUGGAUGGGAUGGAGGGUCUCAGGAGGUGGCAGAGGGAUGCUCCUAGAGUUGUUUGGCAGGGCAGGAAGCCUCGAGUCAAACUUAAGAUAUUGAUGGAUGCUAAAGAAGGAGGUGGACCUGCCCUGCCAGACCUUUAAACUUCGUUGUGAACCAUCUGCCUUUUGCUGGUUGAGAGAAUGGUUGCUUCUUGAGAACACUGAAGUGUUGGACAAUGGCAGACAAAGUUGAUGGACUAUAGGGAAUUGGCGGAAAUGACUGGCAAGAUCCGAGACCAGGGUGAAGAGUCGGUGGAAGAAGAUUGGAAAAAGUUUAAAGACUAUUUAUAGAAAUAUUGUAAAAUUAAGGAAUGUUAGAAAAAUGUUGGAAUGAAAUUACAUGGCUUUAGUAGAAAUGUCAUAAGGAAUUAAGUAUAAAUAGAUUAAUAGAAAAUUAAAGGAAAAGUAUGGCAAGAAUGUGUUAAGAUAAUUAUAGAACAGAAAACAGAGUAAGAUGGAAAGGAAUUGCUGAAACAAAUAAUAGAAGUGGAAUACAAAAAGGAGGUGUGAGGAAGUCGCUGGAAAUAAGUGAAUGAAAUAUAAGAUAUUGAAUGAAAUUUGAUUUAUUUUAUUGUUGUUGCAUUGUUUUGUUAGUUUAAUGUAUUGUAUUGUAUGUGUUUUUUCUUUUCUUUUAGUGUUUAAAUUUUUUGGAAAAGUAAUAAAUAUUAUUUUUUUAAAAAAAACAACAACAAAAAGUGUACAGUGAAGGUUCCUGCCUAAUGUUAAUAGGCAGGGAGUUCCAAAUUGUAGCUGCUGCCACACUUAAAGAUUGUUUUUCUUACAAAUGCAGAACAGGUAUUAUGUGGCACCUGUAACAGUGCUAGUUCUACAGAUAGAAGCAGUCAAGUGUGCAUAUAUGGCAUAAGGUGAUCUCGCAGGUUAACUGGUCCCAAGUUGUUACGGCCUUUAUAUAUUAAUAGUAACACAUUGAACUUGGCCCAGUAGCGAAUUGGCAACCACUGCAGAUCUUUGAGCACUGCUAUUGUACGCUGACAAGGCCUCACUCCUGUCAGCAAUUGUGCUGCAGCCUUCUGCACUAACUGCAGCUUCUGGAUCAAGUGCAAAGGAGGCCCCACAUAGAGCACAUUGCAGUAAUCCAGUCUGGAAGUAACCAGGGCAUGAACUACUGCAGCCAAGCUUUCCCAGGCCAAAAUUCACAGGGGAGCCUGGCACACUCAAACUCAUAACACUACAUUUUGUGUAAAGGUAAAGGGACCCCUGACCAUUAGAUCCAGUGGCCAGCAUGACUAAGCCACUUCUGGAGAACCAGAGCAACGCACGGAAAUGCCAUUUACCUUCCCGCCGGAGUGGUACCUAUUUAUCUACUUGCACUUUGAAAUGCUUUCGAACUGCUAGGUUGGCAGGAGCAGAGACUGAGCAACGGGAGCUCACCCCGUCGCGGGGAUUCUAACCGCUGACCUUCUGAUCGGCAAGUCCUAGGCUCUGUGGUUUAACCCACAGUGCCAAUAAAAAUAAUCUAUUAUUAGCAUUAUCUGAAUGUGUUUGGAUCACAUUAGUUUCAGUUCUCAACUUUUCACCUAAGUUCUCUCACCACGCUGACACCUAGUUUCUCAAUUUAGGAAUAUACAGGCACUGUUGAAAGAAACUGAUUUUAUAGAUCCAUUUCAAUUGGGGUUUAGGUCCAGUUUUGGCACAGAAACUGCCUUGGUUAUCCUGUAUGAUGACUUCUGUUGGGUGAGAGAGACAGGGGAAAUGUGUCCUUGUUAAUUCUCAUUGAACUUUCCAUGGCUUUUGAUACCAUUGACUAUGGUAUCCUUCUGGAGUGGCUGUCCAAGUUAGGAGUGGGUGGUACUGCUUUGCAGUGGUUCUGGUCCUACUUAGAUGUACAUUUCCAAAGGAUGAUGCUUGGGGAGUGCUUUUCAGUCCCAUGGAACCUCAAGGUUAAAUUUUAUCCUCUAUGUUGUUUAACUAACUAUGUUGUUUAGCAUGUUAUCUAAACAUGCUAAAAACAUUCCUGUUCACAAACAUUCCUGUUCACUUGAUACCAACUAAUUGUCAUAACUUUUUAGUUCAUUUUGUGGUAACUUGACUUAUUUUUAUCAUUGUUGUAUUUUUAAGGGACUUUAUUCUAAACUGACUUAAGAUGUUUUCAUAAAAGGCAGUAUAGAAAUGUUUUAAAUAUAUUAAAAUUUCAGUCACUGUCACAUUACUAAAUUGUAUAUUUCAUACUAUCCUUGGUGCACACAAGGAAAAGUUUUUAUUUAAUGGCUAAUGUGGGUAUCAAAAUUUAAAUGAAAAGGCAUUUCAUUAAAAACCUUUUAAUUAAACAUUAUACAAUAAAUUAUUAAACCUGCCUUUAUAGAACAUGGAGACAAUGAAUGAGCUUUAUUCAAGGCUUUACAAAGAAGCUGAGAAGAUCAAGAGAUGGAAAGUCACUACAGAACAUGAAUUAAAGGAAAAGGAAAUAAAAUUGCAAGAAAACAGAAAGAUUAUAGAAGCACUACGUAAAGCUAUUCAAGAGUUACAGGCAAGUGUUUAUAACAUUUUGAAACAUAUAAUUUUUAGAUAAGAAUAAAAUGCUUAAAAAAAAUUAGGGCAUAGUCCAUCCCAGCAUGGGUGCAAUGCCUGCACAUGGAGGGUUGUCAUAGCCUACUACACUCUCCAGCCUCAAGCUGGUGCAGGGAUCAGAACCUAUUGUGCUGCCCACUAGUCUGCUGUGGUUGCUGUGAGUGGCCAGGCUGUCAAUGUGAUUGUGGCUCCACCAUUCUGCAAAGCCCUGUGGGUGGGGGUUAGGAUUGUAAAUGUGUGCUGACAUUGUCCAGCCCUCCUCUCUUCUUCCCAAAUCCCUGUCAUGAACUGAGGGAAAGGUGUUGUACAUGAUUUUUGCAGGAAGAAGAAGUGGAGUCCAUUUGUACAGUAUCGUAUUGUAUAUAUUAUUGAGGAUGACCUACUUGCUUACAGAUUACUUCUUGCUUGGGUAUUAAAUAAAGAUUGGUAAAAUUAAAACAUGUACUGUACAGGUUACGUAUGUAAAUCAUGGGAUCUUGCUGGAAUUUUGUGACUUUCAAGCUUACUUUCAUUUCAAGCUUUUACAAUGCACAUGUAGUUUGUGAUGUAAUAAAUGCAAUAAUACCCAAGUCUAAUAAAUAUGUAUUUUGGGAAACUGACAUUCCCCCCCUUUGAUAGUGAUAAUUAUUAGUUUAUCCAGACAAAAGCAUGCUUUUUAUAUCUUUGUUUUAUAAAUUUAGUUUGAAAAUGAAAAACUAAGCUUAAAACUGGAAGAUGUAAUACAUGAAAAUAAAGAUCUUCUAAAAGAGUAAGUAAUGUUAGGAUAAUAAUUUUGUAAUCAUUUGUUUAUGCAAUAGUAUGAGGCAAUUAAUGACCCCUUCUAAUUACACUCAUUGUCAUGAGAGAUCUGUAAGAUAAACCUUUAUCUUUUAUAAAAGGAGAACUAUUCCUGUCUAGGACUCAUUAGUUUUUCAGGUUGCUCUUCUGUCCUUGGUACCACACUGGCUCAUGAAGUCACAAAAAGUAAUCAAAACCUGCAUGUUUUUGCCAUACUUUGUUUGCUUUUUUUUACUAUUCAUCUGUGUCUUCUUUAGUGUGUUUUAAAAAACACCACUUUUCACAACUGCAUUUCUGUGUGCUCCUCCCCUCCUUAUUUCUUCCCUUCCUGGUUGUUUUCAGGUGGAGAGGGCCUUUCACCUUGGCAAUCAGUGACUUUUGGCUUGAAAAGACUUUUGGCUUGGGCAAGGUUUCUAAGAAGCUCAGUGUGCUGCAGUGCUAGAUAUCAUCGGAGUAUUACAACUCCUCUUGUACUUUGUCCAUAACAGUGGGUGAUGGGAAAGUGGCAGGCAACAUGGCUGGUGUGACUUCAGUGGUCCUGCUGAAUAUGACCAAUAAUAGUUCCACAAUGGCUUCUGCAGUUCCCCCAUCCAACUUGACCAUGGCAGCAGCCAUUUCUCAGCACAGUUGUGGGGUGGACUGUGGCAAAACCAGCUGCUGCUGAUCAGUGGAAAGCCUGAUAUAUGGUGGAUCCUGUUCAACCACAUACUGGCCAGACUCAAUGGCUGUCUCCCUGCCACCUGACUGUAUGUGACAGGUGUGCAGUGGAGGUGCUUCUGGAGGAAGAGGGGCCUGCUCAAAUGCAAGUACAAAGAGCUUCUGUUGUGGCUUUCUGUUCUUCAAGUGAAGAAUUUUAUGAGUUUCAAUCAUCUCAUGUAAAUUAAUUGCCUUUUGCUGUGUCAGACCCAUCUAUUACUGUGUUUCCUUUUGAUCAGUUUGUCCCUUUGCCAUAAGGGCAGUCUUUGCAACUGACAGAUUCCAUGUUGCAUCAAAUUACAGAUGCCUUACUAGGAGAUAUUUCUUAGCACUUUAUAUGUCUUAAUGUGGUUUCUAGGUGGGACAUGGGUGGCACUAUGGUGUAAACCACUGAGCCUCUUGGGCUUGCUGAUCAGAAGGUCAGCAGUUUGAAUCUGUGCGACAGGGUGAACUCCUGUUGCUCUGUCCCAGCUACUGCUAACCUAGCAGUUUGAAAGCACACCAGUGCAAGUAGAUAAAUAGGUCCCGCUGUGGCGGAAGGUAAAUGGCAUUUAUGUGUGCUCUGGUUUUUGGCCACAUGACCUGGAAAGCUGUCUGGACAAAUGCCAGCUCCCUUGGCCUGAAGCGAGAUGAAUGCCACAUCAAAUUCUCCUUUCUAUAUAUUAUAUUUUUCCUUGCCACUUUCCCUUGUUCAAGCAAAGUGCUGGCUUUAUUUAUAAAGACAGUGCUGCGUAUGCAUUGAACUCAGUGUUAUAUAAAUUACAUGGAGACAGUGUUUUGUAGCACAAUUUGAACCCUUGUCCUAGUUGCUAGGGCACCACUGGUUUCUCCAGGCAAGCAACCCAUCUGUAGCCUCAUGACAGCUUGUACAUAAGGAAAUGUUGUGGUUUCUUUGUAGCUGUUUGUCUGUUGGGUGUGUCUACUGGGUGACAUCUUGGUUUUUUGUUUUUUUUUACUAUUUCCCCCCUCCCCUUAUUAGCCUGGGUGAUACAGAUUUCACAGGAUUUCAGAUUUUCAUUACUUUUUUCUGUAAAGCAUAAUGGACACAAGUAAUACUAGGGAUAUAAUGCUGAUAUAACUGUUUUUCUCCCCAGAAACAGUGCUACAAGACAUUUGUGCAAUUUGCUCAAAGAAAAGUGCAUGCAAUUGAUGGAGAAGUCUAACAAAUGUAAAUAUCUCUUAAAAAGUGUUUGCAUCCCCCCCCCCCAAGAUUCUCAUAGACUGUUUAUAACCUCCUUUCCCAUGUUAGCCUUACACUGGGAACUGCUUUGCUAGUCAGUUCUGCAGGAACAGCUUAUAGUCUUACAAACAGGAAUUCAAGGUGCUGAUUUUUAAACUCCAGAUGCUCCUUUGCAUCCUUAAAAACAAGUAGGAGAGCAUGAACUGAAGAGCAAUUCCAUAUGAUGGGAGUACUAGAAAGGCAUUCUGAGUUGUGACUCCUUAGUUGCAAAACAUCUUGUCUCUAAAGACUCACUUUAGAGUUCAGGAAUUUUAGUAGAAUAACAGGUCAUUGCUAUUCUUAUUACUUUAUCUCUGGUUUUUUUUACAUAUUAAAAUAAAUAUUUAAUCUUUUAUGUUGUUAAUUUUGUUUUAGAUGAACAUGAACAAGAGGAAACCAGACAGAUGUAUGUGGAUCUUAAUAAUAACACGGAGGUAAAAAAGACAUAUUUUAUAGUAGCAUUAUAUACACACACACAGCACCCUGGUGUCCUCUGUGAUGGUGCACACCUCCUUUCAGUUCCUUUUUGCUCCAAACUCUUGCCUCUCAUAGUUUAAUUUUCCUUUGAAAAAAUGAAAUAUAGAAAAAAACCUUUUUAAAAGGAGAGGUGUGAGCUGUGGUUAGCCCAGGAUUCAGCUGAUAGCAUCCUUCAAGGAUUUGGUCUUCGGUUUACAGAUGUUAUUUUGCCUGAGAUCCUACAAGUAUCAGCACUGUUUUUUAAUAUUUAUGUGCAGUUGCUGAGAGCAAUUUUAAUAAGGUAAUGACGUGCAACUGUUUAUUUCAUUAACUCAGGGGUGAAUUAAAUAUUAGAUAGUAGACAGAUCUGGGAAUCUUGGUCUCCACUAACCAUUUAAAAGGUGGUUAGAGUGCAUGAUCUGUGAGAAGUGGCAAGUGGUGAUGGUGGUGGGGAGAGCACUUAGCCCUUAUUCUUCCCGUCACUUGUUAUUCCCUUCUCCUCUCAUACAUUUUCCUCCAGCUAGGGUAGAUGUGUGUUUGCUGUGUUUGGCAGAAAAGCAGAUGGGGAGUGGGUUAUUCCCUCCUCACUCAUCUGUUGCCUCUCCCCUCAAAAACCACAUUAUCCACCUACCUUUUUAAAGAUGAUCCAGCAAUGCUUUCAAUUAGUAGGUACUCUUUAAUGUCUUAAGAAAAAAUAUUUAUAUCAAGGGAUUGUUCUAACCGUUGAGUGGAUAACUAUUGGUGUCAGGGGCUCCAUCGGGGUGGGGGGCUUUGACCCCCCCAAUUUUCAAAGAGGGAGCCGGGCCUCCUCAAAAUUCUGUGGCAUCUGGAUGUGUAGUGGCUACCACUGCUAACACAAGGCCCACCAGGCUGCCGGUGCAAGGCCUCCCAAGCCGCUGCUAAUGCCAUAAGAACUGCUGGGCUACUAACAGACCUGCUAGGACACCAAAACCAAUGCAGAAGUGCAGCUGCAGUGGUUUGCGGUGGCUCCUCUUGCUGCUGCUGCAGAGGGGAAGCAGCCCCUGGGCCAUGGCAGCAGCAACAGCAGCAGGAGGAGGAGCUGCUAGCGCUGCUGGCCAUGGAAAACAAGCUGCUGUGGAACGCCUGGACAUGACAUCAUGAUGUCACAUGCAAUGCCAACCCCCCCCUCCCCCAUUUCCUACCCAAUUGGUGUGAAUUUUAAAUAUUUUAAAAAUAAAUUCAGCAUAUAUUCACUGGCAUUAUAGGAAGUUUGUUGUUACUAAUUGUUUAUUUACAUCUGUUAGAGAAUGAUACAUGCCUUUGAGGAGCUUCGUGUACAAGCAGAAAACUCCAGAUUGGAAAUGGUUUUUAAAUGUGAGAAUCUUUUUUAAAUUUAUGGCAUUUGUGUAAUUAUUUGAGAGAAGAAGUGGUUACUGGUGGGAGAAGCCUGGGAUAAGGGUAGAGCUUGGAUGAAAUCAGUAGUAGCUAGUAAGGCAGCACGGGUGGGACACAGUUGCUGUCCUGGCUUCCGAACAUGGAAGGUUGCAGGUGCUUAUUGAGAGAGAGAGGAGAUGCAAGGUACAGGGAGCUUGGCACACAACAACACUGCCACACACUGUACCAAACUCCCUGCACCUCAUCCCUCACCCUUCCCUCAGUAAACGCCAGUGAUCCACUGUUUUGGGAAGUCUGGAGAGCAGUGGUGCCCCACACGCAACUCCUCACAGGCUGAAGCUCAGUGGUACAGUAACUUCUCUGCAUACAGAAGAUCCCAAGUUCGAUCCUUGGUAUUUCCUGGUAGGGCUGGGAAAUACUUCUGUCUGAAUCCCUGGAGAGCUGCUGCCAGGCACUGUAGAGAAAACUGAACUAGAUGAACCUACAUGAGCCUUUUUACAGGUCCAAAACUAGGCCAUGUAACAUUACAUCAAGAUCCAUUGUUAUACAGUAGAAAAAGGCUAUUUAAUGAUUGUGGAAUUACACCAAUAUGUGGUGAUAGCCACUGAUUUAGGUUUAAAAUGGAAUUUGAUAUAUUUAUCAUUGGCUACUAGUCAUGAUCACUAGUUAAAUGCUACCUCUAAGAGGCAGAGUGUCUGUGUAUGCCCAUUACUAGGGAACAAUACAUUUUGCUUAUGGACUUCUCAUAGGCACCUGGUUGUGUACUGUGGGAAACAGGAUGCUAGGCUGGACAGGGCUUUGAUCUGGUGUUGCAGGAAUCUUAUGUUCAAAAGGGUUGAGAAAAUGAUAUAAAUGAAAUUUCUAUCUAUUUUCUUAUUUCAUCCUAUACAACUGCCAUGUUUGUAAGCCACCUUAAAUAAUUGAAUGAGAGAGGUAAAAAUGUUUUAAGUAAGUUUUUAAGAAUCAUUUUAAGACUUCCAAUUAUGAUUCCCUGUUUGGCUUUCUAUUAUUAUAAAAACACAAGAAGCAAACUCAGUGGAAAUGCUUGUGUUUCAUACUUGUUGCUGAUGAUAAUAGAAUUUUCUGUAACAUGAAAUUCAUAGUGGAGAGCAUUAUGCAUGACAAAACCAUGUGCUGUGUCAGGAAUUAUUCCUUCCUGCCAUGUUGUUUUGGAAUGAAGGUACACCAGACACCCAAGUUUUCUUGUUCUUGUCAGCUACAGUGUUCAAGUACUCUUCAGUCAAAGGAAUUAGAAAAGGGUAGCUGUCAAGUUGCUCAACUUUUUGUGUUUUGUGUUUAUUAAAUGUGCCUUCUUCUAUGUUUUUAUUUCUGAACUGGACUGGUUCCCCGCCCCCCGCUUUUUCCUGUUCUUUUAUGGCCAGAACAAUCCUAAUCCCUGGAAUUAGGAAGUGUUAUUCCCUUUACCUCUGCUAAAAUUUACCAGACUCUGCAAAUGCAGACCUCAAAGUGGGCUGUUUCUGGGGUGGGGAGUCAGCAGGGCUGAGCUGAGCAUGAUGUGCACAAGCCAGAAUUAUCUGCAGCAAUCUUGCGCUUACAUACUCAAACUACUUAUGUACCCCCAUCUUCUACCCUGCAUCAUCUGAAACAACAAACUAUGGUUAACAUUAAUUAUGGUUUGUUUAAAACAAAGCAAGCCAAGGAGAGCUCACCAGCUAGAUUCAUGCUGCAACUCAUUCUGGGUCAUGCACAUGAUGCUAAACUAUAAUUUAGCAUAGGGGUGAGAAACCUCAGGCAUUGUAGCCAAAUGGUAGUAGUUCACAUCUCUCUAUCUGGCCCUUGGUUGACUCACAUCCCUCCUGAGCCACACCCACUCUCCCACUGAUCCUGCUUUAUACCCUCCUUGAGUGUUUUGAGCCUAGCUGAUCUCUGACAAUGCCUCUUGAUUGGAAGAUACAGAGGGGUAAGUGAAUCUGUGUAGAAACAGCCUACUGUACAAAGCAAAAAAUAAAAUAAAAUUCAUUUGUUGAUCCAUCCACUUUUGCUUCUGGCCCAUCAGCCACUGGUAUGUGAUUCCUGAAAAGUUGCCAUGAGUGAAUGUAGCUUUGAGGCUGAAACAGGUUCUCCAUAAUUGGUUUAGCAGGAUAUGUGAACAUACACAUUAACAUAUGAAUGAGUGAUAUAUAUAAAUGUGUGAAUCAUCUUCCUCUUUUAGUAUGUUUAUUGUCAUGUAGUUACUAAAAAUAUCCAUGAUUUUUAUUUUGGAAGUAAAAGAAGCAGCAGAAAAAAUAGGACAACUUGAAAAAGUCCACAAAAGAGAGAUGGAUGCAAUGGAAAAACAGGUUUGUUUUAUUGUUACUGAGAUUAAUAACAUUAUGUUAGUUAUUAACAAGACCCCUCAUGAACCAACCAGGACUCUGUAUUCAUAAUCCAAGGCCCUUUUUCAUGUGCCUCCUCAGAGGAAGGGUGUCAGCACAAGAAAGGGCCUUCUUAGUGGUGGCUUCCCACUUACUGAAUGUUUUUGUGGGAAGGCACACCUGGUGCCAUCAUUAUCUACCUUUAGGUGUCAGGCCAGAACAUUUCUUUUUUGCCAGGCUGUUGGCUUUUAAUUAGCUGUGGCCUCAGACAAUUGAUGCGAUGUCUUAAUCCUGCCUUUUUAUAAGUAUGAAUGUGUUUGUUAGUCACAUGAGUUACUUUUUGUAAAAAAUGUAACUAAUAAGUAAAAAUAAAAAGUGGAACAUGCAUCAAAAUCUUGCAGUUUCACAUCUGGGGCAGUUUUAUACCUGGUUUUACAUCUCUCUCCCCCCACCCCCCUGCCACAACAGUUAUCCAGCAUUCCUCAGUCUUCAUUGAGCUAUUUGGGGGUUCUUCUACUCUAACGGUGUGACCAUGCCACAUUCUUGAAUAUGUACACUCACUCACACAGAGGCAUAUAGCUCAACCUCCUCAGCUGAUCCAUGUAGAUCAACUGAUGGUGGGGGUUUUAAUGUCCUCCAUCAAAUGAUCAAUCUGAGAACCAGGAACGGCCAGUUUGUAUCUGCUUCAGGGUGCUGGACUUCACCCACCUCAGUGCUGUCUACUUUACAUUUUCCUCUUUUUGCCAAUCAGUGGGGUCUUGGGAGCCAGAUUAGACCUUUGAACGGGGUGUUAGCCAUCACUGGUUUAAACUAACCACCCAUCCCAGUUCAGAUGACACAACACUGUGGUUAAUUAUUGAUAAAGGCAUGUAAAAUUUUGCAUGGUGGAAAAAGUGUAUAGAGAGACAUUUUUCUACAACUCUCAUAACACUAGAAUCUGGAGUCAUUCAAUGAAUGUUAGAAGAUUCAGAACAGCAAAAGGAUGCACUUCUUCACAUAGUACAUAGUUAAACUAUGGAAUGCACUGGCAUAAGAUUUAAUAAUGACCACCAGCUUGGAUGACUUUAUAAAAGGAUUAGAACAAUGCAUGGAGGAAAAGGCUAUCAGUGAUUGUUAGUCAUGGUGGCUGUGUAAUGCCUUGAAUCUGAACUGCAGCUAAUUUUAACUAUGGUUAGUUGCAACAAACUGAUUUCAGACUAUAAUUUAUGAGACUAGCUUGCUUCAAGUAAUCACGAUUAACAUUAAACACAGCUUAGAGUUUGAAAUAAAUGCUAAAUUGUGAUUAAUCUAAAACAGAAGUGGAAGCUUCUGAUCUCUUCAUGGCUGUGCAGGAGGAGGAGCAUGCAUGCCCAAUAUGAAAUUCAUAAUUCUAAACCAUGGUUUAGUCUAUUGUCUGAAUGCAGCAAUGUAAGAUUAUGUUGUAGGAUGAUCUUUCUCAUAUCUCCUGUAGCUGAUAAUGGUUUCUAUAUCUAAAAAGGCAAAUAUUAAACCAUGUGCAUAACACAGAAAUGUGAAGCUGAAAUGGCAAGCAUGGCUAUUUAUGUGCAUAAAUUAUUCUUUUUAUUAGGUGUCAGACUUGGCAGUGGAAAAUGGUGAAAAAGAUAAUAAAAUGAAACACAUAAACCUACAGUUACAAGAAUCAAGAGAGGUCAUUGCUGAGUUAAAAGAAAUAAAAAGUAAGCAUUUUUAUGAUUUUAUUCCAAAUAGCAUUAUUAGAAGUAGUGGUACAGCAUACUGAACCAACUGGUUGCCCUCAGAUUUUUUUUAAAAAAAGAUUUUAUUUAUAAACACUAAUAACAAACAAAAAAUUGCAAAUGUUGUAAACUAAUGAUUAUACAAAUAACUACCAUCUUUGAUAUACCAGUAGUAUUGAUACGGAGAUUGUUUAAGCUACCCAAAUUUCUCUCAUUGAUGCAGACAGACAAAUUUGUGCAUUGGGACCUGUAGUAUUUGCAAAUGAAAUGAAAUGGCUAUUGUCCACAUGUUCUUACCAGAGUAUGAUUUACAAGUUCUUUAAAUCUUUCCAUUUUUGUGUCCUUGAAAUAAUAGCUGCAGCUAGCAUCCAUGUUACUAAAUCCUUCAGUUAUUUAUUAUUUAUUUAAUUUCAUAAAAUGUAUAUACCACUUGAUUGGAGAAAACCUCAAAGUAGUUUACAAAAAGUUAUAAAGUACCCACAUGUCCAUCCUAAAUUCAACAAAGCAAGUUCACGAGACAUAUCAGUUUUACAGAUUUUAGACAUUUAUUUAUGGAUAAAACUUAGAGAUCCUUGGGUUUCCCACCAGAAAUGGUAGAAGGUACCUUUACCACCACCUCCAUGGCAACAAUUUGUUGAGAUGUCAUUUGGUAAAACCUCACUGGCAUGCAGUGCCACCUAUGGGUGACUUUUAAUGUACACUCCCUUACAUAUGCUCACACUGACCUAUACUGUACAGUCUAGAUCAGGGCAGUCCAACCUCACAGACCAAGUGGGCUGCAAAAGACUUCGACACAGAACCCACAGGCCACACACUGAAUUAAAUUUCCAAAUCACUAAGUAAAGUGUUUGCAAUAUUGUUAAUACUAUUUAAUAAACACAAUGAAUAUAUUCAAAUUAAUAGCUUUAUUUUUUAUUAAACAAAUCUAAUACACAAAGUUAGGGUGAGUCCCUGGCAGAUAGAUAGACACAAAGCAUGGAUAUGCCGAAGGAUCUGGGAUUGGAGUGUGUGAGCGUGUGACCCCUGAAAUCCUGCCCAGGGAAGAUCCGAGCACGUGGAAUGGAGUCAAAGCGAUUUCAAACAGGAGCUGAGUUUGCUCUUCUGGCUGGGCAGGUUUUUUCACACAACUGAGAUCUACCCACCGUGAUUGCCCGAAACCUCAGAAAUGUCUGAAAAUGCGUUGUCUUUACUUUCAAAUUUAGAACAACAUGAUGAAGCGUUAAAAAAAGCACAGACUAAACAAAAUGACUUAUUGACUGAACUGGAAGAAACUAAAAGUUAUUUGCAAAAGGCAGAGGUAUGGACUUGCAAUAUUUUUUGUACAAUAAAACAGAAUAGAAGUGAAAAUUUUCUGAAUUGUAUCUUAAUUUCAAUAUAUUCUUUAUUCUGUUUAGAAUACUUGUAAGGGUUUAGAAACUGAGUUGCAAACUGCAGUAAAAACAUUAAUUCAAGUAACUGAACAAAAGGAAGCAACAAUAGAAGAAUUUAAAGAAUUUAAAGGAACAAGUGCAUCAGUAAUGGAUGAUCUCCAGGCCAAAGUUUCCAGUUUGAAGGAACUGCUAGAAAAAGAAGAAAUGAGGUAAAAAUGACCUUACAUGCAUACAUAAGAAAGAAUAGCACUAUUGGUGGUAACAGGGUUUCACAGAAUGACAAGAACAUUGAGAAUCUGUCACUUAAUUACAAGCUUUGCCCAAGUUUUUACACGUGAAACUCUCUUUGAAAAGGAAUAUUUGUUCAGGUACCGUAUUUUUCGCCCUAUAGGACGCACCGUCCCAUAAGGCGCACCUAGUUUUUUGGGGGGGAAAUAAAGGGAAAAAAAUUAUUUCCCCCCCAGGCGCGGGGCUGGGGCGGGGGAAGCCCGAGCUUCCCCCGACCCCAGCCCCCAGAACAGGAAACUCUCCGCAAGCAGCGGGAGCCCAGCGUAGGGCUCCCGCGCCUUGCGGAGAGGUGCGCGAAGUCUGGGGGCGCCAGGCAACUCUCCGCAAGCAGCAGGAGCCCAGCGCCGGGCUCCCGUGCCUUGUGGAGAGGUGCGCGAAGUCUGGGCGCGCUGGGCUCAACGCGCCCAGCCUUCGUCAUGCAGGCAACUCUCUGCAAGCAGCGGGAGCCCAGCGCGGGCUCCCGCGCCUUGUGGAGAGGUGCGCGAAGUCUGGGAGCGCUGAGCUCAGCGAGCCCAGCCUUCGGCAUGCAGGCAACUCUCCGCAAGCUGUGGGAGCCCAGCUUGCGGAGAUCUGCGGGAAGCCUGGAGAGCGAGAGGGGGCGGUGCGCACCGACGCCUCUUGCUCUCCAGGCUUCAGCGAAAGCCUGCAUUCGCCCCAUAGGAUGCACACACAUUUCCCCUUCAUUUUUGGAGGGGAAAAAGUGCGUCCUAUGGGGCGAAAAAUACGGUAUAUAGUCAGGACAAAAUAAAUACUCCCCAUUCCCAAAAAGCUUUCAGAUAUGAUUAUUUGUUCUCUAAGGGUUAAAGUACAUGUUACAUAGAAACAGUAUCCCCACAGUUUGUGUUUCUUCUUUAAAUAGCAACCAUGCAUGGGAGGUGGGGAUCACAAUCCAGACCAUGGAACAUGGGAGGGGAAACCUAGCAGUUUCCCUCAUAAGGGUGAAUAAUAGCUUCGUAUGAAUAAUGAGGUGGGUUUUCCAAAAAAAUUAGGGUAGUUUGCUUGGGGUAAUAUGCACUGGAAAAUUUGCUAAUGCCCUAGACCAGUGGGUCCCAAUUGGUGGUCUGUGGACCUCAGGGGGUCCAUAGCAACAUUCACAUAAAACUACCAUAGAAAUAUCAAAAUUUUCAAAAGUAGGGGCUUAAGUCCACAGUACUUAGCUAAUUGGGAACCACUGCCCUAGACUCAUAGAGAGUGAUCUAAUUUAGCAUAUUUAUUUUACUUCUGUUUAGUAAACAAAGUUAAAAAAGAUUAACUGCCAAGUUGGCCUAAUAUAUUUGCAAUUGAUAUCCACUCAUUGUUACUCAUGACUUUACAAAACUGAAAAAAUUGCUGUUUUUGAUUUUUUUUUGUGGGGGAUUGUUCUUAGGACAAUUUCAUGAAGCAAAAGGUUAACCCCCCCCUCCAUGCAUUGUGGUACUCAUCCUGAUCAGCUCCCACCAUAUCAUCUGUUUAAAAACAAACCCAGAAUGGGAUCAGGGGGAGGAAGCAUGGAACAUCCAUUUGUAUAUAACUAGUAUACAUGUAGUAUGUAUUAUAGUUGAGGAUAUGGAAAUGGAAAAAUAUGAUAUUUGACUGGAUUUAACAUAUUACUUUAGAACAUGGUUUCCCAAUCUUGGGUCUGCAGCUGUUGUUUAACUACAGCUUCCAUCAUCCCCAGCUAGCAGGACCAGUGAUCAGGGAUGAUGGUUAUUGUAGUCCAAAAACACCUGGACACCCAAGUUUGGGAAACCCUGCUUUAUGGCCAAAGCACAUUGUGCUGGGAGAUCCAUGACUAACUUCCAAUUGUUUUUGAUUUUUUAAAAACUAAAUGUGGUAAGAAUGGGGGAACUGCUAAUUUGAUCAAGGAAGUGAUGCAAUGACUGGAACCAGUUAACCCGCGCAACUCCAUUUAUCCAGUUUAAUUUGCUUCAAGAUGUUAUUUUCUCUGUGUACAAGUGUAGAAGUAAGUGCCUGUAGAAUCUGACAAGGGCCCUUUAAAUCAGUACACCCAGCUCUUCAAGAGGUCAAGGCCAAUUGCAGAAUAAGCUUUGUUUGCCUACAGAAGUAUUCACAAAAUCUCAGCUCUUUAUUCUAAAGCUCAGUCAGCAGGGUUACUGGGAACUGCCCAGGGUCCUCACCUUUUCUGGAGCCAUUUCUUGUGUCAAAGUCCCAAGUCCCAGCAGAAUAUGAUACCAAAAACUUCACACAUAGUAAUACUAUUUAAGGAAUGAUAUAUUUUGUUUAUAUAUAUAUAUAUUUAAAGUUCCCUACUUUUCUGUUUGUUUGUCGACCAAGAGAAAGGAAAGAUGGGGCAAAGUCAGCUGAGGAUGGGAAAGAAAAAUUAGGUCUGUUACUCAACCUGCCACUCAGGUUUAAUGCAUCUUUACAGCCAUGUUUCUAUAGACAUUUCUGUCAGUGUUUGAAAAAGAAAAGGUUCUGACCUCCCUUUUAAUCCUUUGCCUAGUCCUUGGACCUUAGCUAGCACAAAAUAGUCUUUGAGGAAGAGUAUUCUUGCAGUGUAUUGCUGCUUUUAUUCUUAAAAAGUUUUCUUCUCCAACCACAACCAACAGCUUUUACACACACCAAACACAACCAGCUUUCUACCAUCCAACCAACCCACACAAAACACUAUCAUUGACCACUCUAUAUAUACAGGUACAGUUAGGUGAAAGGUUGCAUGAGUCAUUGUAGGCCGCGGACUCAUGCUGUCUUAGUUCUUUUAGCAUUAAAGAAACAGCAGCCAAUUUUUAGCUGUGACAAUUUCUACCAUUAAUAGGCAUUUCAAGCAGUAAAUAUAUGUCUCUUAACAGUUAUACAAAUAUGUUUCUCUCCCAAGUUCAUCAUUAUAUGAUUUGAUGAUUUAAUCAAUUUUUUAUUUCUUAUUAAAUCAUACGCUGAAUGUUUUCAAUUAAUUUAAUAGACAGAAGGAACUCAGGGAUGAUUCAGAUAUAUUGGUUUUGGAACUCCAAAAGAAAUCAGCUGAAUUAGGUAUGUUGAGGAAAUGGAAGUACUGUGUUUUUUUAAAAAACUAAUUAUUAUUAUUAGCAAUGAUAGUUCUGUUAUAUGAAUAUUAAUAAGUCCUGUGUUCAGUAUGGCAAUUCAAUAGUGCAGCAGUUAUUGUUUCCUUUGUUAGGCAAGAAAGAAGGAGCUGGUUGUUUAGAACCAACAGUGUUGGUUCUCAAAUUGUUUUCUGUUAAUCCUUCUCUUUCCCUUAGGUAGGAAGUUUUAAUAUUCUCUCUUUUCAAUACACAGUGAUUUCUUUCCAGGGAAACUGAGUAAUUCUAUCUUUCAUUCUUGAGUAUCAGUGGCUCUGUGUUGGGGCCAAACAUGAUGCUAAAUGUAGCAUUGGUAACCACAUUGGUUGGGGUCGGGGGGAGUAAAUAGAUGGUUCUGGGGAACUGAUUUUUGUCUUCAUUUCAGCAUGCAGGGAGUGGAGUUUUAAUUCUUUCCUCCCCCACCAUGCCCCAUUGAAAAAUCCACUCACACACUUGCUAUUAGCUCUAAGAGGGAAGUCUUUGUUAGAGAAUUUUAUCUGCUAGGACUAGAAGCAGGAGUGAGACGGUUUCAUUUGGGGCAUGAUGGAAAAGACAGGGCACAGAACCACAGACUUGUAGAGUUGGAAGGGACCACAAGUGUCUUUUAGUCCAACCCCCUGCAAUGCAGGAAUCUUUCACCCAAUGUGGGGCUAGAACCCAUGACCCUGAGAUUAAGAGUCUCAUGCUGUAACAACAUCUCAGCACACUGUGGUCCUGAUGAAAACUGGCCCUCAGAGUGGCCUAAUGCAGCUGAACUUCAGGCUUGGAUAGUCUGAGGUGCAAACAAAAUUGAUGGAGUGGGGAAUGAGGCCAUAAAAUUUGGUGUCUAUACCCUCUUUGUGCAGAUUGGUAUCAUCUUUAUUUUGCAGGUAGAUUUAGGGUCAUGUUAGCAGAUAUGGAUCAAAGUAAAUAUCAGGUUGUUGUUUUUUUUUAAUCCAACUGUAUAAUGUCAGUCUGGAAACUUGAUUUGGAGCCACUUUUGUCCCUGCAGAUCCUGACUCAUUGGUGCUUGUACUUUUAUUUUUGGAUGUACAUGUAAAACAUUUUAAACAUACAAAGGCUGCUCUUAAAGGGUCUGCUCCACCUAUCAUUGGCUAUUGCUCAAUACUUACUAUUUUAUUUAUAUAAAAGCAUUUCUAAUCUACUUAAUACUUAAAAUGUGUGAUGCAUUUACAAAAAUACAACAUAAAAACAAUAAAACAGUAUAAUAAAAAUAGAUACAGAUAUGUAAACACAGUAAAACAGUAUCAGGCAUGGGUCAAGAAGCCACAUGAUCAAGUGUAUAGUUGACAGUACUCUUUCCACAGCACCAGUUGCAUUAACAAACUGAUCCCACAACACAUUUGAGAUAACUUCAAUAACUUGCUGAGUUGAACUUAAAAGCAAAUAAUAUAUGCUAUUUCUUAACAAAGAAUGCAUUAUUUUGUAUUAUUUGCAUUUAUAUUUGUUGCAGAAGUGAUGGUCAAACUGAAAAAUGAUAAAGAAAAACAACUUGAAGAAAUGGAAAUAGCCUUGGUAAGGGACCUCUUAUUUACACCACUUCACCAGUUAGUUGUAUUAAAAGUUCCAUUUCCUUCAUUAUACUGUGGAUUAAUUCUUCAAACCUCUACCAAUUUAUUUUAAUUACCAAAAUACCCAAGAACCAUUCAUACACAUAGUAAAGCAUACUUGUCCUAUGUUCAAUUCUGCAUUGGAUUGUGAUCCAAGUAUAUAUUGCCUACAAUUUUAUAAUCUCAGGCCAUUAUCCAAGUUCACAAUCAUCAUUGUCUUCUUUGUUUUAAACAUAAUUGGUAUUUAAAAUAUAUUAUUACUAUAUGGUUUUAAAAUAUCUGUAUUAUUUAGGAAAGUUCAAUCAAAGUUCAAAAAGAUUUGAAGAACCAGUUGGAGUAUUCACAGUCAGAAAAAAAUCAGUUAAUAAAGGAAAAGGAAUCUAGAACUGCUGAUGACUCUACUAUUCAGGUUAGAUAGUUUAAUUUUCUUUGUUGUUCUUUGGUGCAGCAAACCCACUUAACAAAAAAUCAGACAAAAGGAAAGUGAUGGGAAAUGCAUGAGAAAGUGUGGGAUAAUGAUCAAUUGAUGGGGAGUCAUAUAACCUCAGUUAUGACUGAAGUCGCUAGAUCAUGUGACCAUUUUGAAAGGGGUUUGGAAUAGGUGUUAAGUCUCUUAAUGCCCUGCCAUAUCCUGGAAUGCCCCAUUUUGUGGAACUACACCACAACUGAGCUGUGGUGAAGAACUUAUGCUGGUGUAUCUCUGGCUUAGCCAGGGUAAGAGACUUAUGCUGACAUAGCUUGGCUGAACCAAGAAAGCUCCAGACCCGCUGAAUUCAAACUAUUUCAUCCUGGUAUGUUUGGGAUUUGGAUUGCACUGUUUCGCUGGAUCAUGCUCUGAGCAUAAAACUCAUACAGAGCUUGCAGAGCCCUGUUUCCUGUUCUUAGCAUGUGCACACAUGGUAGUGGCCAGGGCAACCCAGAGAGUGGGAGAUCUGUAUGCUCAAUCUAACUCACUGUCAAGUUACUUGAGCUCCAAACUACCAGUAUCUUGACCAUGUAUAGAGGGAGAAAUGAAUGGAGAUGUGGAGCGCAUGAACUAGUGCUACUCAAGGAUUUCAUUCCAUCCACAUUUUAAGCAGGUAUCCUUCAGUUUUCACACUUUUCUAAACUGCCCUGUCUGCUGUGGGAAAACUGCAACUAAUAUAACACAACCUGUUUCACUGAAGUUGUUGGACACAGUAGGUGUAAAGUGCAAAUUAUUUCAUACUUUUUUUAUCUGCAGAAAAAAAUGCAUGACUUGGAAAUGGAGUUAUCUAGAGCAUUUGAAAAUAAACAAAAUUGCUUAGCACAGCUUACAGCAGUGACAGCAGAGCUCGAAAAAGAAAAGUAUGUUCUUAUUAUACAUAAAAACUAGCAAAAAAUUGCUUAUGAAAGGCUAUUUCAUUUCAUGUUUUCUUUUUAGUGAAGUAUGACUUUUAAUACCCUAACAAAAAUUGUUUUAUUUUUAUUAUUACUAUUUAUUAUUUCAGUUUGUCACAUAAAAGUUCUUUUGGCAACUUGCACAGUUUUUAAAAAACCUUCACAUUUGACCAUGUAAAAUCAAAAUACCAUCUCAGAAACUGCAAUAAGCAUGAUAAUCAUAUCCCCUUAGAAUUUUGGGAGAAGAGGUACAUUUAUACAUAGCUCUGAAAGGAUGUUAAUGUUGGUGCCAGGUGGACCUUGUUGGGUAAAGCAUUCCAUAGACAUGGACCACAUCCAAAAAGGCCCUUCCUUUGUCACCACCCUCUGAACUUUUUUCAGAGGCGGCACAUGGAGAAGGACUCAGGUGAUGAACACAGGGUCCUAAUAUGUUCAUGUUGCAGUCAGUGAAGAUGUGCCAGAGCUGGUAUUACAGUAUAUGCUUAUUCUGCAUUGUUCCUGUUAACUCUCUCGCUGCUGCAUUCUGCAUCAGUUGUGGUUUCCAAGUUGUCUUUAAAUGCAGCCCCACAUAUAGUGCAAUGCACUAAUUUAAUCUAUAGGUCACUUGAGCUGAGAUUACUGAAGCCAGGUACCCUAUCCAGAUAGGAACUUAGCUGGGCUACCAGGCAAAGAUGGUAGAAAGUCACUGAAGUGUGCCUCCAUUGACAGUAGUAGAUCCAGGAGCUCUGUCCCCAAGCAGACAAUUUUGCAGAUGCAAAACCUACAUUGACUUCACUACACAUUAAAUUUCUUAUAUACAUUCCAGCUCACAUUAAUACUAUUUUUAUUUAUAUACGAAUAAUGUCUAAAUAAAAAUAAAAUGUUCACAUUAUUCUAUCUGAUGCAAGUUAAAAACAGACAGUAGGACACAAUCCAGCCUACUGAUUUCACUGAAUAGUAGCAUUGUAUUAACCUCUCUCUAUGAAACUAUUUAACUGUAGGUGGUAUCUGAUGACGCGGUUUUGCUAGCACAGGAGUGGGGUGGGGGGGGGGAGAGGAGAGGCAGAAGUUCCAUUGCACAAGUGGAAAUCAUUGAACUAGUAGAAGCACUUUGUUGGAUACCACCCAAUGUAUGGAUUGUGUCUAUAAUCACACACUUGAGAAGUAAAUAUUAAAUCAUUAUUUCUAAUAUUUCUUUAUUAUUCUAAUAGAUUAAAGAAUGAGCAACUAAGCCUGGAUUUGAGUAGACUUUUAUUGGACAAAGAAUGCAUCAUAACAGAGAAAAAUAAUAUAGUUAUUGAUUUUAAAAAGCUUCAAGGAGAUCUUAAGGCAGGUUUUCCUUUUUUUAUUGUAAUAAUAAAAUAUGAACCAUGAACCUUGGUAAGUUGGAUGUGGUCAAAAAUGAGAUGGCAAGAAUAAAUAUUGACAUUCUGGGCAUCAGUGAACUAAAAUGGACGGGAAUGGGUGAAUUCAGUUUGGAUGACCAUCAUAUCUACUACUGUGGGCAAGAAUCCCGUAAAAGAAAUGGAGUGGCCCUCAUAGUCAACAAAAGAGUGGCAAAAGCUAUAUUGGGAUGCGAUCUCAAAAAUGAUAGAAUGAUCUUGAUACGAAUCCAAGGCAGACCUCUUAACAUCACAGUAAUCCAAGUUUAUGCACCAACCACUGGUGCUGAAGAAACUGAAAUUGACCAAUUCUAUGAAGACUUACAACACCUUAUAGAAUUGACACCAAAGAAGGAUGUUCUUCUCAUUAUAGGGGAUUGGAAUGCUAAAGUAGGGAGUCAAGAGAUAAAAGGAACAACUGGCAAGUUUGGCCUUGGAGUUCAAAACGAAGCAGGGCAAAGGCUAAUAGAGUUCUGCCAAGAGAACAAGCUGGUCAUCACAAACACUCUUUUCCAACAACACAAGAGACGACUCUACACAUGGACAUCACCAGAUGGGCAGCAUCGAAAUCAGAUUGAUUAUAUUCUCUGCAGCCAAAGAUGGAGAAGCUCUAUACAGUCAGCAAAAACAAGACCUGGAGCGGACUGUGGCUCAGAUCAUCAGCUUCUUAUAGCAAAAUUCAAGCUUAAACUGAAGAAAGUAGGAAAAACCACUGGGGCGGUAAGAUACAAUCUAAGUCAUAUUCCUUAGAAUCAUAGAAUCAUAGAGUUGGAAGAGACCACAAGGGCCAUCGAGUCCAACCCCCUGCCAAGCAGGAAACACCAUCAGAGCACUCCUGACAUAUGGUUGUCAAGCCUCUGCUUAAAGACCUCCAAAGAAGGAGACUCCACCACACUCCUUGGCAGCAAAUUCCACUGUCGAACAGCUCUUACUGUCAGGAAGUUCUUCCUAAUGUUUAGGUGGAAUCUUCUUUCUUGUAGUUUGGAUCCAUUGCUCCGUGUCCGCUUCUCUGGAGCAGCAGAAAACAACCUUUCUCCCUCCUCUAUGUGACAUCCUUUUAUAUAUUUGAACAUGGCUAUCAUAUCACCCCUUAACAUCCUCUUCUCCAGGCUAAACAUGCCCAGCUCCCUUAGCCGUUCCUCAUAAGGCAUCGUUUCCAGGCCUUUGACCAUUUUGGUUGCCCUCCUCUGGACACGUUCCAGUUUGUCAGUGUCCUUCUUGAACUGUGGUGCCCAGAACUGGACACAGUACUCCAGGUGAGGUCUGACCAGAGCAGAAUACAGUGGCACUAUUACUUCCCUUGAUCUAGAUACUAUACUCCUACUGAUGCAGCCCAGAAUUGCAUUGGCUUUUUAGCUGCCGCGUCACACUGUUGGCUCAUGUCAAGUUUGUGGUCAACCAAGACUCCUAGAUCCUUUUCACAUGUACUGCUCUCAAGCCAGGUGUCACCCAUCUUGUAUUUGUGCCUCUCAUUUUUUUGCCCAAGUGCAAUACUUUACAUUUCUCCCUGUUAAAAUUCAUCUUGUUUGUUUUUGCCCAGUUCUCUAAUCUGUCAAGGUUGUUUUGAAGUGUGAUCCUGUCCUCUGGGGUGUUAGCCACCCCUCCCAGUUUGGUGUCAUCUGCAAAUUUGAUCAGGAUGCCCUUGAGUCCUUAUGAAUACACAGUGGAAGUGAGGAACAGGUUUAAGGAUUUAGAUUUGGUGGACAGAGUGCCUGAAGAACUAUGGAUGGAGGCUCGCAACAUUAUACAGGAGGCAGCAACGAACACCAUCCCAAUGAAAAGGUAAUGCAAGAAAGCAAAGUGGCUGUCCAAUGAGGCCUUACAAAUAGCAGGGGAGAGAAGGCAAGCAAAAUGCGAGAGAGAUAGUGAAAGAUACAGGAAAUUGAAUGCAGAUUUCCAAAAAAUAGCAAGGAGAGACAAGAAGGCCUUCUUACACAAGCAAUGCAAAGAAAUAGAGGAAAACAACAGAAUGGGAAGAACCAGAGAUCUGUUAAAGAAAAUUGGAGAUAUGAAAGGGACAUUUCGUACAAAGAUUACCAUAAUAAAAGACAAAAGUGGAAAGGACCUAACAGAAGCAGAAGACAUCAAGAAGAGGUGGCAAGAAUACACAGAGGAAUUAUACCAGAAAUAUAUGGAUGGCUCGUACACCCCAGGUAGUGUGGUUGCUAACCUUGAGCCAGACAUCCUGGAGAGUGAAGUCAAAUGGGCCUUAGAAAGCACUGCAAAUAACAAGGCCAGUGGAAGUGAUGGUAUUCCAGCUGAACUACUUAAAAUUUUAAAAGAUGAUGCUGUUAAGGUGCUACACUCAAUAUGCCAACAAGUUUGGAAAACUCAGCAGUGGCCAGAGGAUUGGAGAAGAUCAGUCUACAUCCCAAUCCCAAAGAAGGGCAGUGCCAAAGAAUGCUCCAACUACCGCACAAUUGCACUCAUUUCACACGCUAGCAAGGUUAUGCUUAAAAUUCUACAAGGAAGGCUCAAGCAGUAUAUGGACCAAGAACUCCCAGAAGUGCAAGCUGGAUUUAGAAGAGGCAGAGGAACCAGAGACCAAAUUGCAAACAUACGCUGGAUUAUGGAGAAAGCUAGAGAGUUCCAGAAAGACAUCUACUUCUGCUUCAUUGACUAUGCAAAAGCCUUUGACUGUGUCGACCACAGCAAACUAUGGCAAGUUCUUAAAGAAAUGGGAGUGCCUGAUCACCUCAUCUGUCUCCUCAGAAAUAACGAUGCCUUAUGAGGAACGGCCAAGGGAGCUGGGCAUGUUUAGCCUGGAGAAGAGAAGGUUAAGGGGUGAUAUGAUAGCCAUGUUCAAAUAUAUAAAAGGAUGUCACAUAGAGGAGGGAGAAAGGUUGUUUUCUGCUGCUCCAGAGAAGCGGACACAGAGCAAUAGAUCCAAACUACAAGAAAGCAGAUUCCACCUAAACAUUAGGAAGAACUUCCUGACAGUAAGAGCUGUUUGACAGUGGAAUUUGCUGCCAAGGAGUGUGGUAGAGUCUCCUUCUUUGGAGGUCUUUAAGCAGAGGCUUGACAACCAUAUGUCAGGAGUGCUCUGAUGGUGUUUCCUGCUUGGCAGGGGGUUGGACUCGAUGGCCCUUGUGGUCUCUUCCAACUCUAUGAUUCUAUGAUUCUAUGAUUCUAUGAUCUAUGUGGGACAAGAAGCUACAGUUAGAACUGGAUAUGGAACAACUGAUUGGUUCAAAAUUGGGAAAGGAGUACGGCAAGGCUGUAUAUUGUCUCCCUGCUUAUUUAACUUAUAUGCAGAAUUCAUCAUGCGAAAGGCUGGGCUGGAUGAAUCCCAAGACAGAAUUAAGAUUGCCGGAAGAAAUAUCAACAACCUCAGAUAUGCAGAUGACACAACCUUGAUGGCAGAAAGUGAGGAGGAAUUAAAGAACCUUUUAAUGAGGGUGGAAGAGGAGAGCGCAAAAUAUGGUCUGAAGCUCAACAUCAAAAAAAACGAAGAUCAUGGCCACUGGGCCCAUCACCUCCUGGCAAAUAGAAGGGGAAGAAAUGGAGGCAGUGAGAGAUUUUACUUUCUUGGGCUCCAUGAUCACUGCAGAUGGUGACAGCAGUCACGAAAUUAAAAGACGCCUGCUCCUUGGGAGAAAGGCAAUGGCAAACCUAGACAGCAUCUUAAAAGCAGAGACAUCACCUUGCCAACAAAGGUCCGCAUAGUUAAAGCCAUGGUUUUCCCAGUAGUGAUGUAUGGAAGUGAGAGCUGGACCAUAAAGAAGGCUGAUCGCCGAAGAAUUGAUGCUUUUGAAUUAUGGUGCUGGAGGAGACUCUUGAGAGUCCCAUGGACUGCAAGAAGAUCAAACGCAUCCAUUCUUAAGGAAAUCAGCCCUGAGUGCUCACGGGAAGGACAGAUCAUGAAGCUGAGGCUCCAAUACUUUGGCCACCUCAUGAGAAGAGAAGACUCCCUGGAAAAGACCCUGAUGUUGGGAAAGAUUGAGGGCACAAGGAGAAGGGGAUGACAGAGGACAAGAUGGUUGGACAGUGUUCUCGAAGCUACAAACAUGAGUCUGACCAAACUGCGGGAGACAGUGGAAGACAGAAGUGCCUGGCGUGCUCUGGUCCAUGGGGUCACGAAGAGUCGGACACGACUAAACGACUAAACAACAACAACAACAAUGAAAUAUGGUUAUGAUUUAUUUUUAUAUUGUAUAAUGCCAAAAUUGACUUUUUAUAUUUUAUAAGCUGCUUAUGAUUCCACAAAUGUUAAAAUGUAGACAUCCAUAAUUAAAAUAAUUAUAGUAACACCAUUAAACAAUAUUGCAGUUAACUGAGUUCCAUUUGUUGACAGUUUUACCUGGCAAUGUAGAAGACGUUGGUAUUUCACUAAUGCGAUUCAGAUUUGUUUAGGACUUUAUAUGUAAGUAUCAAGAAAAGAAAGAUUUGGAUGGCUAACAGCUAGCCAGAACAGAGAUGGAUGGCCAACAGGCAGCCAGAGCACAUCCCUUAGGCCUCCUGUGAUAUGUGCCCAGCAAGGGACACAACACACCACACUGGGCCCACCCCAAUGGCUUCAAAUAGUUGUUAAAUAACAUUAGGCAUACAACAGUGCCUUUUGGCACCCUGUUACUGAGUUGUCAGGGUAUAGGCACAUAGCCCCUGUGCUAUCAUCGGAGACUGGCUAUGCAAGAAGUAAUGGAGCUACGUGGAACAAUGCUCCUAACCACCAAUUCACAAAUACUCUUCAGGAGGAUACCAUGAUCAAUGAUACUAAAAGUUGCUGGGAGAUCCAGCAGAAGCAAUAUGGUUGCACUGUGUCUGUCCCUCCUCUGGAGAUUGUCAUUUGUCCAGGUGACCAAGGUAAUUCUCUGCUAAACCAGGCCUAAACCCAGAUUGCAAUGGUCCAUAUAAUCAAUUUCUUCCAAAAAAGGUAUGUAGUUGAACUGGCACCACCCUCUUGAGCAUUCCCGCCCCCCUGGGUAUGAGCAUCUGGGCAGUAGUCAUCAAGUACCUCAGGGUCCAGGAAAGUUUUUUCCAGGAGUGAACACACCAUUGCCUCCUUCAAGGUGGUGAGGACUGCCCAACACAAGAAUGCUUUAACCACCCACUGAAUCCACCUUGUCUCACUCACCAAAUUUUCACGAACAAGCCAGGAUGGGCAAGCACAGUAAGAAAUGGGAUGGAAGGACAAAAUUACAUUGUCCACAUCAGGCCUCAAUAACUGGAAAUGAUAUAUCAAAUGAUAUAUAUUCUAUAUAUAGAAUUGAAUAAAAUAGCCUACUGGAUUCCUCACCAGAGACCAUAUUAUCACUGGCAUCAAGAUCAGCAUGAAGAUGAUAGAUUUUGGCCUCAAAGUGCCUAGCAAAAUGACCACAGCAAAGGCUUUGACUGUUUCAGUGUCCUAUUAACAGGGACAGGUGAUACCAACUUUUUUACCACACAAAAGAGCUCUGUUGAGUGACUACUUGAGGACAUGGAGGCAUCAAUGGUUCUUUUUUGCUGACAACUGCUACAUGGUAGAGGCGGUUAUUUGCUCUAACCACAGUUUUAUUGGCUUCACACUGAAUCUUACAUCACUUACUCUCUAGCCCUCAUCCAACCUGUUUCAUUGCUCAUCACUCAGAGGAAAACCAAGGAGCACAAUGAGCUACCCAGUGCUGAAGUGGGGUAGUCCAGAACUACCAUGCCAAUAGCCCUCCUCAUCUCACUGUACCAAAAUGAUGCAAGGAUUUUCACAGGAUCAUCAACUGUUGUUACUGGAAUAUUUAUCAGAUUCCACAAAUCUCCAGGGAUGAACCAUCCAAAUAAAUCUCCUACCUCUACAUAAAGGGCUGGUGUCCUAAGUCCAAACUUUAUCAGAUAGAUGUCUAGUCAUAACAAAUGGGUCAGCUCUAUUCUUCCACUAUCCAAACUAUUCUUAACUUGCCCUGAAGUAAACAGUAUACCAAGCAUGUACUGUGUAUUGGCCCAAGACAACUUGAAACAGCUCCAUAGAUGUCAUGGAGGCCUUGAAGUAUUGAACUGGUCCAAGCUAGGCAACCUCUGUGUGAAUGUUGAAGUCAUCCAGAACCACUGUCUGCACCACGGUUGAGACUACUUGUGCCAGCUCAAUCAGGGAUAACAACACAAACAACGUAACAGACUGUAUGUAACAAUAUAAAUUAUUUUUCAAGUGUGAUUCAACAUAUAUCAAAAUAUAUGGUUCUAUAGACAUCUCAUUAUGUUCGUUUAUAUAAUCCAGAGUAUGCACAGCUGAUGAAGCCCGGUUAGGUGAAACAAGGAAUUAUCCUGGAAUCCUUGUCUUAUUUUCUGUAUGUGCCAUUCUUCUAAGUUCUUCGUCUGAUACCUGCAUACAAGGAAAGCUAGAAUUCUUAAAAGCAUUUUCACGUGGAACACUACAAGAUUGAUAUAAGAAUUCCACACCGUGGAUAUUGCUAAUAUAAGAAGUGAAUAGAUUGUAUUUCCUGGUCAAUCUGCUGGACUUUAAUUUCUCACAAUAUGUUUAGUUUAUAUGAUAAGUUGUUCUCUAGAGCCAUAUAUUUUGAUAUGAUAUGUUGAAUCACACUUGAAAAAGAAUUUAUAUAGUUACAUACAGCCUGUUAUGCUGUUUGUAUUGUUAUCAGUUUUGCAUAUACGUGACAAAGGGUUGGGUAGUGUUUUGAAUGCGCUCAAGCAAGGAGGCUAUUGGGCAGUAGGUACACCAUCUGCAACCCCAGUCCUGUUGACCUAACAACAGGUAGUAUCUCUCAGGAUGCAUUGCAAGGCAAACAGGGUUUUCUGGUAAGCAGAAGAGAUGGACCACAGAGACUCUCAACGCCUAGUCCUUCAGCCUUGGUUGGUGCUGUACUGAGUACCUAGAGGUGUGUGUGUCAGGGUGGGAAUAACUUUGUCAAAUCUACUCCACCCAGCUUACCAACCAGGUCUUGCUUAUACGAGCAAAUUCAGCUCUCUCAUCCAUAAUUAAAUCAUAGAUGAGGGUGGACUUAUUAUGUACCUGGCAUUGAAUAACAGUUCUACCAAUCACCAAAUCACCAGUUACUUGGCUGCAAGGUAGAGGGAGCAGCCUGCAGCCAAUCCCCCUCUCUAUUUUUUAUGAUACCUAUAUUUUACCAUAUAAUAACUUCCCCUUCCAGAAACAUGCCAAUACCCUCCACCUCACCAUGCUUACUCCACCAUAUCCCACUGUGCUCAUUAUGUACUUCCCAACAGUCAAAAUGCAAUAUUUGCAACCAAUCUGGCAUUUCAGUGGCAACUUACAUCAUUAUCUAUCCACCCAGGUUAUCCGAGUGUGUAAACAGGAACAGCUCAUCAAAGUUCUUACCAAAGUUGUUCCUCCCCAUGGCAUUCCCCUGGGCAUCUAGAAUCUGAAUUGGAAACACAUUGUGACUUCUGCCUCUCACUCAGUAGCAACCCAUUCUCUUCAGAAUAUCAGAAGAUGGCGCUCACACCCUUGUUGCUUUCUGUAUUGCAUAUUCUGUAUUGCAUUCACAUUUUUACUAUGUUUGCAUAUUAUAUUGUGAAAUUUAUUUGUGGCAGUGGGCUAUCCAAGGUAAAUGUUCCAUUUGUGGCCAUUUUUAUAUUAGUAUAUAAAGUUCCAUGCAUAUCAUACCUAUUUUCAGUAACAGAUUGCUUUUAAUUUUGUUCAGGACAAUAAAAAGAUUGGAGAAAAGGCUGAAAAGCAAAUACAAAACCUAAAAGAAACAAACAUCCAGUUAAGGCAAGAAAAAAUGAGAAUCUUUUCACUAUAUUAUAGAAUGUUUUACUAUAGAAUAUUUUCAGUUUAUAUUAUAAUUUCACAGUAUUAGGUUCUUACUGCAAUUCUAAUCUUACUAACCUGGGAGUAAACCCCUUUGAAUUCAGCAGGCCUUACAUCUGACUAGACUUGGUUAGGACUGUUUUGUAAAAUAGUUCCAAGUCCUAUUGAAAUUGAUGGAUCCAGUCAGUCAUGACGUAAGGCCAUUGACUUUCUUAGGAACUAAGUGCAACUAAGGGCUUAUCCAUAUAUAUCCUUUGCCUCAUUCUUUCCAAGCACAGGUCCAUGACUAAAAGCUCUGUGUCUGAAUGUUGUUGUUUUUGCCCUGGAGCUUUCCCCGCAAAAAUCCUCUCUUUGGUGCUCAAUCAGAACAAACAUCGAUUUGGGUUUUCCACAGAUUGCCAUUUGUUCCAACUGAGCUUUAAAGUGCAGGUUAAGUCUGGACUCAGCCUAUUGUCUUUAUUCUUAUAUACUAAUGCCUCUUUUGUUAAACUUAACUGACAUAGAUCAGUUUGAAAUUAGUACAUUAUUCAGAAUCAGUUCUUAGCUGUUACUGAAAGUUUUUAAAAUUUCAAAUCAAUUUAAUUUACCCUCACAUUUAAAAUGUGGAAAUGAAAUAGGUGUAAAGAUUAAUGAUAUAUUAUUAAAUAAUGGGCCUUGUCCAGUUGAACCCUUGUAUCCAUCACUGGACACUAGAUUUCUUCAUCAAAAAUGAAUCAAAUUAUUAUCAAAACAAUUGGUUCAUUGCCUGAGACAUUGAAAAUAAGACUACCUCCCUAAAACAUUGUCUUACUUUCAAAGACUGUUCCACAAAAAAACACCCUGCUGCUAGAGGGAAAAGCGUACCUCGCUGGGGGACCCCCUUGUCUCAGUUCUUCAAUGCAGCAUGUAGCAAAAUGAAAAGAGACAUUUCCGUAGGUUGACGAGGGGUUAGCUGGGUUGGGCUCUAUUCUGAUCACAUCAUUGCCUUGCUAGGUAGAAGCUUUUAAUAGUUGGCUUAGGGAAAACUGAGUCUGUGUAUAUACCUUUAAACACAUCUGAAGCACAUUCUUUCCUUCAAAGAAUUCUCAGCAUUUGUUAAGGGUUUCUGGGUAUUAUAAUUCUCUAAGUAGUAAACUACACUACCUAUAAUUAUUUGAGGGGGGAAAUGUGUUUGUGGUUUAAAGGUAUGUUAGGUACACAGUCUAAAUUUACUGGGCAAAAUUCCACCCACCGUUUCUGGAGUAAAAGGGUUCCCUGGGGACUUUUACCCCACCUCCCCAUGAUGUUCUCCAGGAUCAGAUCUGCAAAGAAGGAGUCAGUCAGGAAGUCUUCUGGCUCAGAUUUUUAUCUGUGUCAAACAAGAAUUUAGAGGUUUCAAAUGCUUGCUUCUCCUUUGAAAGUGAGCAUUAGGGGAACCUUCGGCUCUGCAGAUGUUGAUGAACUACAACUUCCAUCAGUCACAGCAAGCAUGGGCAAUGGCCAGGGAUGAUGGGAGUUGCAGGUCAGCAAUAUCUGGAGGGCCAAAAUUCCCAACACCAAACAUAGCCUGUGAAGGUUGUUUUUUUUGGGGGGGGGGGUUCAGUUCAAAGAAACAAUAGGUUGGAUGGGGGCAGUGGAAAGAACUUGCCAUGCAAAAGGAUGUCCAUAUAGGAAGGAAAGUAGAAUCAUAGAAUAAUAGAAUUGUAUAGUUGGAAGGAACGAUGAGGGUCAUGUAGUCCAAUCCCCUCCAAUGCAGGAAUCUCAAUGAAAGUGUCCAUGACUCUGAUUUAAAACCAACAAUGAAGAAUCCACCAUCUUGUUCUGUUCUAUUGUCAAACAGCUCUUAUUGCCAGAAAGUUCUUCAAACUUCCACAGGAUCAUACCUCAAUAACAUCGGACUUAGAGUAAAUAAAGCCGCUUUUUCUGUUCUAUAUAUUUAGUCAGCUAUUUGUUAACUGUAAUAACCCUUUCUGUUAAUUUGACAUGUAGCAAUGAAUUAAAGUGCCUAAAAGAAGAGAUGAAAAAGAAAAAUGAAGAGGCAAAAAGCAAACUUGAUGAAAGUGAAGACAAUGUAUGAUAUUGGUCCUUCUUAUGUAAAUAUUUUAACUUGUAAACUGAUGAGCUAAAAAUAAUUUAUUUAAUAUAAAGCUUACAAUGUAGGAACAUUAAUUAAUUAUAACAAUGUAAGAAACAAAUGUUCCUUAUAAUCUUACUUGGCAAGAGCAGGAGGGUUAGGAUAAGCCCCUUACUAUCUACAUCAGGGAUGGCUAACCCAAGGUUAACCCCAGUUCAUAUAUGUGUGUGUUACAUGUGAUUGUUCUUGAUCAUAAAUUAAUGCAAUUCAGGAAUCUUGUUUAUACUUUUUUCAAUAAUUGUGAUUACUUUCUGUAUAGAUAAAGUGUUAUAUUGAAAGCUGAAUGUGAGGUUUUUUUGGUAUGCUUAAAGACAGUAAAAGGCAGGAUUUUAAAUUAUGAAAAUAUCAUUAAAAAAAUUGUCAGAUUUUACAAUAUAAUUUCAGGUUCGAAACAUUGAAAAUGAAAUUUCUAAAAAGGAAAAACAACUGAAAACAUUUGAAAGCAAGGUACGAAAAUAUAAUUUACUUCAUGUUUGUUCAAUGCUUUAUUCUACAAUGUUUCAGUUUUUCAGAAACAAUAUUUACAUAGAAAAAAAGCAUAUGCAUAACUGAAAUGCUUGUUGCAAUCAUUACUGGUUUAUCGUUUCUUUUUUAAUGAUGUCAUAGUUUAAUGAUUAUUAAGAUAACUUAUAGAUGUACAUGUUUCAGAAAGUAGUUACAGGUAAGCAAAAUAUUUUAUGCACAUACUUAAAUACAAAUUAAAAUAAUCUUAGCACAACUACUCUAGGUUUCAAUCCUGCCUAUAUAUGCCACGUUUACUUCAGUGGAUUUAUAUAGAGAUAACUGUUCACAACAGCAAGCUUAGCAAGCUCAUGAGUAAAUUCUAUGCAAAAGAAUUCGUUCUAACAAAAUAAUUACAACUAAAAUUGAUAUUGUAAUAGCUCCCUGCAUUUUCUUAAAAAAAUCAUUUUUAUUGAAGUUAUCAGAACAAGGCAGAAACAAACAAACAGAACAUCAGUAGGGUACAUGUUUGUCAGAUGUUUUAACAAAAGUAAAGUGAUCAUUAAGUACUCAUUUGGUAUCUUAUUGUUUGAAAUAUAUUUUUAUCAAUUUUUAGAUUAACAGUUUAAAGAAACAAAUUGAAACAAAAUCCAGGAAUAUUGAAGAAUUGCAGCAAGACGUAAGUACUGUUUUAGAGUUAUAAAAAUAUAGAUAUAGAAUUAUAUCAUUUAUAAAAUGUUAUUGUAUACCAGGGUACCAGGAAGGAUCCUCAAACAACUUCUGGUAGCAUAGAGUAGAACUGCUGUCCUUUUACAGACAUAUGUGGUUGGCUACCCACAGUCUUUAUUAAUUUUCUCAGAAUUCAGUACACCAAUAUGUGUGUGUGUGUGUGUGUGUGUGCGCACGCGCGCACUGGUCAUACUGUUGAAUGCUCCACAUUGUUGGGAAAAAAUAAAGACAAAAUAACUGAAUAUUUUUACUGGCUCAAUUUGCUUAUUAUGUAUCAUAGCUUUAGUGGCAGAAAAUCACAAUAUAACUUUAAUUUCAUAAAUAUAAAACCUUACUUGUUAACAGAACAAGGCUUUGCGAAAGAAAGUUGCAGCAGAGAACAAGCAAUUAAGUAUUACGGAAGAAAAAGUAAGAUGUUUGAUUUCUAUGUCAUUUGAAUAAUAGUUGCAGAGAAAAGAAAUAUAAAACUUGAAGAAUUAAGACCUACAAGAUGUUCAUUAUUGUGAAUGAACUAGUCAGUGGCUAGGGAAUCCCAGCCAGAUGGGUGGGGUAUAAAUAAAUAAAUAAAUAAAUAAAUAAAUAAAAAUAAUUAUAGUCCAUUUCAAGUUCUAGUUUUGUUCUUCUGGAAUGUCUUCAAUACUUGUUUGAUUAGUCAGCAGAGCACCAAGAUCAUUCAACAUGUAAGUAAAUUGCCCUGAUAUGAUCUUCCAGUAGAACUGGGAUAUGGAACAGUUCAAUUACAAGUACAUGCUUGGCUCUGAAAAGUGGAGAUACAGUUUGUCAUCUUUAAAAGAGCAACCAGAGACAUAGGAAGCUGCCUUAUACUGAGUCAGACCAUUGGUCCAUCUAGUUCUGCAUUAUCUAUACGAACUGAAGGUGGCUCUCCAGGAUUUUAGACAGGAGUAUCUCACACUCCUACCUAGAGACAGUGGCGGAGGAAGCCGCUCGGGCCCCUGGGGUGGCAUGCCCAGGGGUGGGGCGAGCUGCCCAUAGGGGCGGGGCACACCGCGGGGCCUCCGGAGUCUGCUUGCCUCCUCCCACUCAGCCACCCUACAGCUGAGGCGGGGGGAGGCAGUGGGCAGACCGUUUGGAGCCUGCAUGCACUCAAGCCACCGCGUCUCUCCCAGGAGAGACGCAUGGCUCAGCGUGCUGCCUUCCGGCAUUUUGUCACCCCCCUCAGUGGUGACACCCAUGGUGACCCACUCCUACCACAAACCCCUUCCUCUGCCCUUGUCUAGAGAUGCCUGGUACUUAACCUAGAGAUGCUUGGGAUUGAAGCUGUACUUCAUAUCUUCCUUGGCACUCCACCACUUUCAUAGGAAAAUGGCAGCAGAUCUGAUUCUGCAUAUGGAUCCACUGCUACUAAUUCUCUAAAACUCUGCUGAUAUAUGCUUUCAGUACAGAAAAAGAGCUCUGUGAACAUAACAUACAGUACUUCAUCUAAUAACAGAAUAAGAGCUACUUUCCUUUUUGAAGGCUUCAGGUUGCUGUCUCCUUACUGCUGCUUCAAUUGCAGUUACUUCAAAAGUCCAUUUGGGAAUACUUUUCUUCUCCUUUGGAUCACUGCAAGGGAAAACCCAAAAAGAACAGGGGUGUUCACAGUAUGCUAAAACAGGCAUCCCCAACCUUUGCCCCUCCAGAUGUUUUGGACUACAAUUCCCAUCAUCCUUGACCACUGGUCCUGUUAACUGGGGAUCAUGGGAGUUGUAGGCCAAAACAUCUGGAGGGCCGCAGGUUGUGGAUGCCUGUGCUAAAAUAUAUCCAGCAGAUUAGAGGUUGUAUAGGCCAGUCUUGUGACUUUUGUGAUUGAGUCAAACAUUUUUAUUUACAGGUGAAUAAAUUACAAUUAGAGUUGGAAAAUAUAAAGAAAUUGCAUAAUGAAACAACUGACAACUAUAAAAAUGAAAUAGAGAAGGCUAGAGAAGUGGAAGAAAAACUUUUCAAAGAGGUAAGAGUUCAAGUUUUUUUACAUUUUGUAAACUUGCAUAAUUUGCAUAAGUUAAACUCGUUUUUAUUUACAUGAUUGGGAUUUAUCAGUCUGCUUAUCAGUUCCUAGCAGUCUCUGUUUAUCAUACUCUGAUCUGUCUUACUCAUAAUGUACCCCACAUGUUAUGGUUCGGGAUGAGGACAGGAAGCAUCAAAUGCAGGUUUUUCUUUCAGGUAGAGAGCUUAAAAGCUACUUUCACACUGGGAAAACCUGAUGGAAAAAGAGCUUUAAGCUCUGUGCCUUGGUCAGCCAAAGGAAAGGUUUAUCCUACAAUCUUGAGCUGUGGGUGUUUAAUUUCUGAGAUGAGAGAAAUGAAACUUGGAUUGAUGAGGGAUCUCUCCUGCCUCCCAAAGUACUGGGAGUUCCUUUCACAAGUAUAAAAGAUACUAAGGCUAAAUCCAUAGAAUAAGUGCUACCCUCCUAGACUGUAUUAAAGGCACAGUAGUAUUAUACCAUGAUCAGGAACUUUGUUAUGACUCAGGUAUUUCACUUGGCAGUGUAGCAUCACUGUUCAUUCAAAGCCUUCUGUUUGAUCCACUAACUAGAACCAGGGUGGUUGGAUUAAUUACUCUCUUAGAAUCUACAACUUUUUAUAAUAAAAGAAACAGAUUUUUUUUGGGUUAAAAUUUAGUCUUUAUUGUUACUUUAAAAAAUGAUUUAUUUUUAUCCAUAUUGGUUCAGAUGGUCUGCUCCAUCUGUGCAGCCACUGAAUUUAACUCAUAGGUUCCACAUAUAAUUAUUGAAUAUCAAUAUUAUUUCAUUAAACUAUUUCCUUCACAUAUGAUAUUAAUAGGCAGAGAGAAUGAAAUUCGUAGCUGAUGAAGCAGUAGCAAAGCAGAAAGAAAUCGACAUUCAAUGUCAGCACAAAAUAACUGAAAUGGUAGCACUUAUGGAAAAGCAUAAGGUAAAUACAACUUAUUUUUAUACAUACAAGCUAGAAUCAAGAGAUGGGCCAUGGGGGAUGGAGCUGGAGCUUGCUAUAUUUGCUGCAUUGGUUCUCAUUUUCCAACAUACAAGCUGUUAUUUAUAUUAUAUAAAAAUAUAAAAAAGUAAAAAAAGCAGCAAAAAAGUAAAUGUAGCUCCAGUUGUAGCAAUUUAAACAUUUGCAUUUCCAUGAGGUAUUUAAUUCCCGCCUACCUUUGGUGUGUCAGUGAUUUAUUUAUUUAUAACAAAAAAACCCGGGGUGUCUGAAAUCUUGGUUGUGUGUAUUAUCUGAUGGGGGUGUAGGUGUUAUAUUUAUUUAUUUAUUUCAUAAAAUUUGUGCACUGCGUGAUUGUAAAAUAAAACCUAUCAAAAGGUAAAACAUUAAAAUCAAGAAAAAAAUACAACCAUACUUAAAAACAUAUCCAUGUUAAAAUACUAAAACAGAUUAAAAUUACCUUAAUAUAUGUGCCGUUAAUCUUUCAACAUGUAUUUAUUUAUUUAUUUCAUUUCUAUACCCGAAGGUCUCAGGGCAGUUCACAUAAAAUAUCAAAUGCAUAAAACAAAAAUAAAAACAACAACCCAAUAAAAAAACCCCAAGCAAUCACUUGCUCCAGAACCUUGCCCAAGAAAGGGAGAAUAGCAACUGUGGUUUUACCACUGCCUUCUUCAAACAGGCAGGGACCACCCCCUCUCGUAAAGAGGCAUCGAUCACCUCCUUGGCCCAGCCAGCUGUUCCCUCCCUGCUGGAUUUUAUCAGCCAAGAAGUACAAGGGUCUAGAGCGCAAGUGGUAACCCUGACUGAUCCAAGGACCUUGUCCAACUGAAACUCAUCCAACACAACAGGACUAGAUUGUGCUCUGGAUACUCCAUGAGAUUCAUCUGCUAUAACAGCAGAGUCAAGGUCUUGGUGGAUGCAACCAAUUUUAUCCUCAAAACGCUUUGCAAAACAAGUCACAGUGAGCUACCAUUGGUUCUAUCACCUCCUUUGAGCCAGCCUGUAAAAGGCCCCAUACAACCCGGAAAAGCUCUGCUGGACAACAUGAUGAGGAUGCAAUGGAGGCAGCAAAGUAUGCCUUCUUUGCUGCCUUCACUGCCACUGGGUAGGCUUGAUCAUGAGUCCUUACCAGUGUUCGGUUGCAUUCAUUCAGAUAUUUCCUCCACUUGCGUCCACUUGUAUACUUAAUAUUUUGUUUUGUUUUUUUACAUCUUUUUCCCAUUGUGAAAUUAGUGCUUAUAUUCAUAUAAAUAAAUAUAAAUGUAUACUAAAGUGGAGGAGAGGAAUCAGACAAAAUUUACACCCAUCUGGAAGCACCCAUAGUAGUUCUUUUAAGCUAGGAUUAUAUACUCACUUACCUCAGAAUAAGCCUGAUUGAAUUCCAUUAGGACUUGUGCAUAAACAGAUAUUAUGCUGCUAAUUAUCAGCUGAAAUGAAAACAGUUCAGGGUGAGGGAAAGCAACUGGAGCUGGUCUCUCAGCAGAGCUAAUGGACUGGUGCUGCUUACCACCUUCCUCUGCUGCAAGCAGGCAGAAUAAGCAGUUAAAUAUUAUAUGUGAAUUAACAUAUGACCAUCUCCUCUAUGCAGCAUCAAUAUGAUAAGACAGUUGAAGAAAAAGAUGCAAUAUUAGAAUGCUAUAAGACAAAAGAACAAGAGGUAUCAUCAACAAUAGGAUCUUUGGUAAGAAUACCUCCUAAACUAUUUCAGCCAUGGUAUGACCAGAGGUUAUCCAUUACUGUCCCAUCAGUACCUAUUUCUAUAUUUUAUUAUGAUUCACCGCCGUUUCUUUAAUCCAAUGGAGGAAUUUCUGUGUGGGAACUAGAAGUCACUGCCCAAUUUUGAGUCAAAAUGAAACCGACAACUUUCUUAAAUGUAGACAAAUGUUAUAACUAUUUAUAGUACUCCUGUACAUCUAUAGGAAACAUGAGGGACAAACUGAAAUGAAAAUAAAUGAGACAAGGAGUACUGAUGAAGAUAUAUAUUAAUGGUGUAUUGAAUUCAAUAAUGUGGCUUUUACUGUAGCUGUCAGAUCACUGUCUCCCAUGCAAUCCUUUAACAGAGAAAGGUUGAGUUAAAUUUUAUUUUUAUUGUAUUAAAUGCAUGCAAAGCUCUUUUUUCUGAAAAAGUUGAGCAUGUGAACGAGUUUUUAAAUAGAGUCUGAGCUACUAAGUUUUUACCUAAUUAUCAUUCUCAGAAAAGUGAACUUUCCAAUAAGAAAAAGGAACUCUCCUCCCUUCAGGAGCAACUUAAAAUAGAAAUGGAAGAGAAGGUAUAUCUUCUGGUUUUUUAAUUUUAUGCACACAAUUCUGUGAAAAUUAUCUGGGUUACUUUAUGUCUCCCUUAUGUCCAGGAGUUGUUUUUUUACUUUUUAAACAGCCCUAAAGAAGAAUGAAUGACACCCAGUGGCAAUAUGCUUCUAAGGAAUAGUGAUGAUUUUGCCUUUUUAAGACAACCAUUGUCUGACUUAUAAAAAAAUGCUUUUAAAGCAAAUCCUUGUUAAACACCUGAAGGAAAAGGGAAGGAAGGAAAAUAGUUGUUUUUUUUUAAUAAUAAAAGCACAAAAGCUUCAUUAACAGUACUGUUCAGUAAAUUGUUCAAACUGUUGACAUAAAGCAUACUGUUAUGAGUUUUUUUGAGGAGUGGGGGACUAUUAGACUGCAAUUCCUGGAUCCAGCAAGUGUCUAACUAAGUUUUCAAAUUGCUGGAACAGCAUCGUGGUAGGGGUGUGUGGUGGGUGCGGUGCACCCCAGGUGUCAUCACAGAGGGGGGUGACAAAAUCCCCCCCUGGGUGGGUUGUGCCGCUGUGCUGCAAUCGGCCCCCCACCGGGAGGAUCGUAUCACCACGCCAUGAUCGGCCCCUGGGAGGAUUGUGCCACUGCGCCGAUCGCCCCGCCCCCGUAGGUGGCUUGCCUCAUCCCCAGGUGCACGGCAUGUGUGCCGCUCCCAGUACCUGAGCGGCUAGCUUUGCUGCUGCCUCGUGGUGAGGUAAUAGGCCAUAAAGGUAACAAAGAAAGUGCCUCUGUGCCAGACAGCAAAUGGGUGAUUCCCCCUCCCUCAACUCACUGGUAAUGAUGAGAAAGUGGGGGGAGUCUGAGGUGAUGGGGAAACUGGCAUGGUUUAGGUGCACCAGUCAAGCCAAUCCAGCAUUCCUACACCUCCCUUAUCCCUCUUGUCAAACAGUAGAAACCUGGCUGUCAAGAAGCUAGCACUGCAGCUAUCCUACCAAGUAAGCCACUUCUAGGACGAUAGAGAGAAUCACCCUGGAAAUCCUUACAUAGAAAUUGCAGAAACAAAAACUACUUAGUUCAUUAGUUUCCCACAGAUUUGCAGUGAUACUUUUAUGUUAGGUAGCAUAUACUCAGUGAAGUCAGGGCAAGAUUAAAAGAAAUAUAUUUUAGGACCUUAAAAAUUAUUUGAUCUAGCUUGACCAUGGAGUUCUCAUCUAGGUAAUGCUUCACCAAAGGUAAAGGGUAGUUUUAAUUGGCCACAGGAUUCCCCUAUACAGUGGUACCUCGGGUUAAGAACUUAAUUCGUUCUGGAGGUCUGUUCCAAACCUGAAACUGUUCUUAACCUAAAGCACCACUUUAGCUAAUAGGGUCUCCUGCUACCACUCUGCCGCCGCUGCACAAUUUCUGUUCUCAUCCUGAAGCAAAGUUCUUAACCCGAGGUAAUAUUUCUGGGUUAGCAGAGUCUGUAACCUGAAGCGUAUGUAACCUGAAGUGUAUGUAACCCGAGGUACCACUGUACUAGAGGUAUCUAGCCCAAGUCUUUAGUCAUUUUUGGACUAUAAUGUCCUUGAACCUUGACCAUUAGCCAUGCUGCCUGGGACUGGUGGGAGUUGGAAUACAACAACAUUUGGGGGCUAGGGUGGCCAUCAGAGAGCGGCAAUGGUGUAGACCUGGCCUCAUGGUAUUGGUGAAUUACUGGGAGGGAGGGAGAAAGUGGCAAGGUGGCGGGGAGUUUGGUGCUAUGAAAUGUACUGGUGGAGCCAGUCCAGCUGUCCUGCUGGUGUGUUUGCUGAAUGCCAAACUCCCCACCACCUUGCCUAUUCCUCUUUCCGUCCUGAUAAACUGCAACAAUGCUGCUGCCAGGAGGCCAGGUCAUGCAGUUGCUCCCCCAACCACUCAACCCUCACAUUGGCUGCUCCUGUCAGGAGAGCAACAGGUUAUUGUAGGAGCCAUUAGCUUAAAUCCAUUUUGUCUGCCUUUUGAGGAAUUGGCGUAUUAGACCUCAAGAACAGUUUGAAACCACCAUUCUAUUUUCUGCUAUUCCACAUGCAGUGAAUCAAGUGGUAAUAAAAAUGAAGGUGUGGCUAUUAGACCUGAUCUUCUAAGAUCAUUCCCUACUAAAUGGAAGAUGACUCCCUAUAUUAAGAUAGAGAAAUGUGUGAAAUCUGAAAUCCUACACUUUGGAACCUACCUUAUGUUUUGUUUUGUUUUUGCCUCAUGGAAUGUACAGCAGCUUUGGUGUUGGGGUAAGCACAUUCUUUCCACAGUGCAUGAACCUAAUCCAGGGGGUCCUUCAUAGCUGAUUUUAACUUUUAAAAAACAACUGUGGUAGAGCUGAUAAUGGUUUUCUGAGCUUCUCACUUAACUGCUCCCUAAUUGUCUUGUGCUAAUAAAAAAGUAUAUUUAAACAGAAAACUUCAAAAGAUUUUUUAAGUUGCAAUAUUUCCCUCUGUCUAGGAAAAGCUAGCAAGAGAAGCAAAUAAAGGUGACAUUUCUAAAAAAGAAAAAAGGCAUCAGGUGACCAUUACUUCUGUUUUUCAAAAUUAUUAUGCUUUGCUACAAUAUAGCAUUCAACUUUUAUUGCAUAAGUUACCUGAUACAUGCAUUGUAAAGUAGUAAAAUUUUCUAGUAAUAUUUGUUGUUAUGGUAGUUGUGUUCUUCUCAUACUUACUCCAUAUUUUUAUGCUUUCUGUAAUUAAUUGUAGAAAACACAAACAUCCUUCAUGGAAACACCUAAAACCAAUAGCCAAGAUUCUCCAUCUCUUCAUUCCAAAAAGAAAAUGUCUCAAAAAUUUACACCUGCUAAUGUGAACAAGUUGGAAUACAAAGAAAAGUCUUCUUGGACACCUGCCAGGGUUUGUUUCGUAAUAUAUUACGUUUCAGUUUUAUGUACUUGUUUGUUAUCUACUUGUUUAUCUAUAUUUGUUCAGAGUUUGAUUUACGAUUCUCAUUUCUAAAUUUUGUAUGAAAAAGUAGAUUUCCUUUUUCUUUUUAAAAAAUCACUAUUUAGAAAGUAAUAUUUAGCUUAAAGUUUCUAUUCUCCAAACUUCACUGCUGCCCUGCCCCAUCUGGUAAGUGGCAACAGUGUCACUGUCAGGAGGGCAGUGGCAUGGCAUUGCCCCACUGCACUGGCUGCUUGUAGAUCCAUGGCUUUGUUGUCUUGUGUUACCUUUAUUUCCAGAUUUCUGAUUAUUUUAUUUUUUGUGUUGUGUAUUUACCACUUUAUGUAAUUAAUGAGUGAUGCAACAUUCCUUCAACUUUAUUGUGAUUUGAUGGCUCCUCUAUCCUCAGCUAACCAGUAAUGUAGCUUGUCACUUUUAAAUGCUGUAAGUAAGCAAUAUAGAUCUGGAGCUCCAUCCACUGACAUUAGCUUGUUUAGGGUGUAGGUUUAAUGUGUAGGUCUGUCAUCUAUCAAAGCUUCACUAAGCACUCAGAUGGUAGAGUACUAGCUAAAAUAGCCCCCAUCAUUUCAUACCAAUAAGAUAGCUGGGUUGCAGAGUUACGUACUGGGGAAGAUCACUUGCCAUUCUUGUUGUUGUUACUUCAUAAUUGCCUUCCACAUAUAUGUCUUAAGGCAACAUACACAGAGAGAGAAAAAACACUCAUCAUUCCAACCAGCCAAGAGGUAUCUGUAACACAUACACAGAAGCGGCUCACUCAGUGGUGCAGAGCUGCAAUGCUACCUUGCCAGCAGCAGCACUGCCACUUACUCAGAGGGAGUACAGUGCAGGCUGGAAAGCUAGCUUUGCAUUUCCAUCCACUAGGCAAAUUGCUUAUACUUAUGAAGCGCUAGCUGAGAAAAAAAGUUGGAAUCCACUUCAACCACAUGCAUUUAUUUCACAACAAAUUUUUAUUUUGGGAAAGCCUAAGAAAGUUUGUAGGGACCACUCCUUUACAAUCUACAUAUAUCUUUUUGGGAUUAAUAUUUUCCUUUCUCAUUAAUCUAAAUGUUUUUCACCUUAACCAAUCAAGACCUACAAAUUUCCUUACAAAUCAAGUCUUCUGUGCACAAAAAAUUGUUACAUAUGUUGUUGAAUCUCCAUAUUUUGGGGCUGCAUUCAUGGUUUCUUAUAUUGGGACAGGUCUCACAUGCCCAGAAAUUACAGGGCAUAAGGAGCUGCCUGACAGUACUAUCUGUACAUAGCGUAAUUCUAAAGAAAAGGAUCUGUGAACAAGGGCUUCUAGGUUUAAAAGAGUCUUUUUUUAAAAAAGGUUAAAGUUAGCAUCAUGGAUUUUUAAAAAAUAUUUCUUUUAUUCCAUAUAGACUUACACUGUGAAAACACCUCCAAAAUCUAAAUUACUAAGAGAAAGCACCAGCCUACUUUCAGAAGAAGUAACAAAGAAAAAAAGAAAAGUUCUUUUAGAACUGGAUACUCAGUCAGAUACCUCUGAGAACGACCUCCUGGUAUUAGUUUGAAAAUAAGAAAUAUAUAUGUGUGUGUGUGUGUGUGUGUGUGUGUGUGUGUGUGUAAAGAGGCAUUUGAAGUGCUUUUUGUUAUCAAAUGUCAUUUCUUUUGCUUUACAACAUAAAAAUAUGCCCCCCUCCUAGCCAUAUAAAUGAUUCCAUGGAUUAUCUCCCCCCAAAAAGUAACUACUUUUCUCAACAGAACAGAUGAUUACCACUCCCUGAUCAGAUGCCCUUGGAACCUAUGAAGUAACAACUAACCUAGCCAGAUCAUUUUCCCCUCAAGGUUCACAUAGGUCUGAACAAAAAAAACCUUAGAUAGAGGCAUAUAUUAUGUUUGGUAAAUUUCUUUUGAUACCCCCCUUGGAUUGGACCCCCCCCCCCACAGAUGCUGGACUCCUAUCAUUACUGACUGUUGGCCAUGCUGACUGGGUGUUAUGAGAGCUGAAGUCCAACAACAUCUGGAGGAUUACAUGUCCCUGAUUUAGAGCUUUCCAAAGAUCUUUCUAAUUGUUAUUGGAAAUUCUUCCUAAUUUGAAAUGUCAUAGAGUAAUAUAACUAACCAAAUUAUUUCUUGGUGUGUAAUGAAAGUCAUGUCUAUCCAGUUUUCUGUAGUUUCCAUUACAUACUUAUAUGAAACAUAACACUGUUUUUAGAUUGCAUAAUAUUGUUAUGUGUUCCCCAGUUCUCUGAACAGUGAGAUGGUCUAGAAGCAGUGCUAUAGGGUUUCAUUUCCUUAAUGAGAGAGCUAGAGAUUCUUGUAAUAAUUGUUUCUUUUUCUCCUAUAUACAUACAAGAAGCAAGCAGUCUCCUAAAAGCAAACAGCAUUGCCACUCAGCCUGUUUUAGUUCCCAGAAAACAGCUUAUACUGCCCCAGCCUUGUAGCUGUACUUCAGUUCUUAGCUAUUCCCAGCUAAGCCCUCUCAGUGCUCUUCUCUUUGGGUGGUGUCCAGCUAAGUUUUAAUCAGAGUAGACCAAAUGAAAUUAGUAAACAUGGCUAAGUUAGGUCUACUUAUUUCAAUAGGUCUACUUUGACUGAAGCUCAGUUGAAUACCACAUUUUGUUUCCUUCUUGGUUCUGGACCAACAUACAUAGUGAUAACAUAAAGCAUAAGGAGCUGCCUUACAUCAGGUUAGACCCAUAAUCCACCUAGCACAGUACUAUUGAUAUGUACCUAGCAUAAUGCUGCAGACAAAGAUCUGUGAACUAGGGCCUCUAGGUUUAAAAAGUCAUAGGAUGUUUUUCCUUAUUCUUAAACUGGAUGUGUGUAAUGAAAUAAUUUUUCCAUGGUGUAUAUUGAAAAAAGAAAAGAAAGACUCUAGAUGUUACUAUGCAUUUAUUUAAAAAAACAAUUUCUUUUCAAGAGCAUCGUUUCAGAGGAAGAAAUGUUUAAAAAGCUGUAUAAAGAUUAUCCACAAACUUCUUGCCUAUGUGUCAUGACACCAAAAAAGGUAUCUUCACAAUUUUACUAAAAGCCAAAACAUAUAUCACAAUUGCCGUGUUAAUAAAAUUAAGUGAAGUUUUCAAUUUUGUGUACAGGUUCACAUGCCACCAACUUUGAAAACUCCUGGAUCUUCUGUUAAGGUUGCAGCUUUAAGAAAGAUGCGAGAUGCUGGAUGGACUGCAAUCUCCAAAGUGGAUAGAAAGAAAAAAAUGAAAGAAGCUGGAAAACUUUUUGCAUAAGUGAAACUUACUGUAAUGUUGAACUAAUUGUUUAGUUUAUCAUAUUUGAAUACUCUGCCUUCAUUACAUUUUUGUUCCAGUAACUUUUUUUUUAAAAGAUAGGGUGUCCUGAGUCUGUUAAAAGGGCAGGAAGUGUUGGAAUAAUUUAAAUAUUAUAAGCUUUCCCAAGAACUUAUGUUCUGAUCUAUCUCCUGUAGGUACAGGUGCAUGUGUGGAAAAGAAUCAAUGUAGGGCUCAGUAGAGUCCUCUUUCUUCCUAUCCCUCCCUUGCUGGAUCUAGUGUACUUUUGCACAGGGCCAUCAGGAGAAAAGGUUAGCUGGAUGGUAGGCUUGAUCAGGGUUGUAAGUAAUGACCAAUGCACAGCAUUCUGUGCUCAGCUAAGGACCAGCAGGGGACAGAAGAAGGAAAUAGUGCUCCACUAAGUCCUCUGCCAAUCCUCUCCUGCAUGCUCAUUUGCAUGUAUAGGUUAACAUAAACAGAUUAGAAAUGUAAGGUUAGUGAAAGAAUGAAUCAGAAAGGCUCAUGUUAUUUAAUUAAGCACAAUAUUACCAAUGAAAUUGAAAGUCAUUCGUUGUCACUGAGUAGCAGAUAACUGUAUUCCACUGCUGGAAGUGUUCCUUGUUUUCAAAUAAAUAUACUUUAUUAAUUUU